AGAACCCUGGUGCAUCCACUCGCUUGCGCUGUCCGGGGAGCCUCGACUCCGGAGGAGGAGGAGGAAUUCCUCUCGCGCGCAUUUUUGUUCAGGCGCGUAAAGGGCACCGCGCCGUCGUGGGAGUAUUUCUUUUCAGGCAGCGGCGAGGACAGCCCGGUAGACGAAGGGAGGGGGCGGUGAGAAGAGGGCAAGAUGGCCGCCUCCUUGCGGCUGAGCUGCAGCGGCCGGGGAGCCGCGAAGCUGCUUCUCGGCAGGAAUGUCGCGCUGGGGGCUCCCGCUUGCCGGCCUCCCGCGGCUGCCUGGAGGUUCCUGCACCUCACCCGGGAGCGGCUGGGUGAGUGUUGGGUUUCAUUACAGACAGAAGCCCCGCAUUGGUCACCUGCCUCUAAAGGGUCGGGGUUAUUUGGCUGCCUGUGGGAUCAGGUCGCGGGGUCAUUAAUUUGGGGGGCGCUGGUGGGAGAAGGUGGUGCUUGUUUGGGUGGUCGGAGGGUCGCAGGUGCCCUUGCUCUGGGAUGGAGUUUAGGAUGUAUCCCCGGCAUGCCUAGCGGCCUUUCACGUAGGUCUGUCUUUUCGAUGUACCUGCAGCUGCUUCUGUUAUGUCACAGUUCGUUUCUAUGCUGCCUUCGGGGCGAAAAGGGUCCCCGAUCCGGUUUUCAAAUCCUAAAUUCAAACGGUAUGAUUGAGUGGGGUUUCAUGUGUCACUCGCUUAAAAAGAGAUUUAAAAGUAAAAACAAAAACCAAACAGACAUCUUUUUUGUGCCUAAAAGCAAAAAAAACCCCAGCCCUCCAAAAAUGUGAAAAGGGGGUAGGAGUAACUCCAAUACAGUGCAGGUAGCCAAUACAGUGGUACCUCGGGUUACAUAAGCUUCAGGUUACAUACACUUCAGGUUACAGACUCCGCUAACCCAGAAAUAGUGCUUCAGGUUAAGAACUUUGCUUCAGGAUAAGAACAGAAAUCUUGCUCCGGUGCCGCAGCAGCAGCAGGAGGCCCCAUUAGCUAAAGUGGUGCUUCAGGUUAAGAACAGUUUCAGGUUAAGUACGGACCUCCGGAACGAAUUAAGUACUUACCCCGAGGUACCACUGUAUAUUGUUCACUAUAAACUACCCACCAGUCCUACUCAGCAUGGUCAGUAGCCAGAGAUGAUGGGGUUUGUAGUCUAAAAUAUUUUAAAGGGGUUAGGUUUUGGAGAAGGAGGAACAGCUGGAAAAAUUUUGUCCUUGAUGUGUAACAGUCUCUUCAGCAAUGUCUCUGAAGCUGUUCCUCUUAGUACCUUAGUUUUAGGGAUAAAAAUCAGCAGUCUGAGAAGAUGCCACAAUAUACACUUCUAGAAUCGGGUAAUUGGAAGGGACGCUGACGGUCAUCUAGUCUAACCCCCUGCAGUGCAGGAAUCUCAACCACAGCAUCCAUGGCAGAUGGCCACACAACCACUGCUUUAAAAACCUCCACAAUCUCCCAAGAGCAUCCAUUCCACUCUCAGGCAGCUCUUAUUUGGCAUUCACUCAGGUGUUCUUGCAAAAUGAAACAUUCAUGAAUUAUUUUUUAAAAGACAGAAAAAAUGGGAACUUUUAACACAUUGUUAAAGUUACAGAAUCUUAGAAAAGUCUGUCAAUUCCAGGUGAUAUGUUGAAAACAAAGAAAUGGUUCAGAUAUUGGUUCUAAUUAUAAAUAUGGCCGCAUUCAUGAACUCUGUCUGAAUAAACUUCUGUCAAAGAGGACCCUUAAAAUCCCUGUAUUGUAGUUUAUUAUCUAGGAUAUUCCUGUUCUUCAUUUCAGAAGGACUCCCUUAGACAGAAGACAAGGGGUAGAUGGUUUCUUAGAAGUAAGUCCAGCUAUGGUAGCUGGUGCUUACUCCCAGGUAGGUCUGCACAGGACUGUAGUCUUCAGCCCUCAUCAUGUGUUUCUUGCAUGAAGAGGUUGUGGGACCACACAUUUUAGGCCCGCCCAAAGCUUGUGCAUUAUGGGAUUACUUCUAAAGCAGUGAGUUUCUUUCUGUUUGUUUAUCUAACUAUUUGUUACCAGUCCUUCAUAGUUACAAACAAUUCCAAAACGAGAUACAUAGCAAUUUUAAUACACAACAGCUCAAAUUACAAAAUAAAUAUCUUUGUAGACUCCCUGCACAAUUUAAAGUACUGGAAGGUCAGGAUUCUCAAUCACAGGGGAAACCUACAGUAAUAGAAGAAGUAACACCACCAUCAGGCCAGGGCUAAGUGUGCAACGCUGCAGUGCCUUUGAUGUGUGCUAUCCCUUUGUGUGAGUAAUGCUUAAAGAGGGCUUUAAUGAACUCACGGCUUAUGUAAAAACUGAACUGAGGGCUUUACACCCUGAGCCAAUAUGUCACACGAGCUCUGACACUGGAGGAGGUUGUUAGGCAGCAUCAUACCUGACCCUACAUUACUUCUUCUGUGACUUUUCUGUACUGCCUAAAAGCUCUGCCUUAUCUACUGAUGGGGAAUAUUUGCAGCUUAGUAGCAUUGACCCAGUUGAAUGUUUGCAGCUUAGUAGCAUUGACCCAGUCUGCUCCUAUAGGUGGGCUUGCAGUGUCAAUACUCUCUUAUGACACUGGCCCAGAGAAUGUCUGAAGGCAUGGUGGUGGCGAUGGUGGUGGUGGUAAUGGAGUCUGCCCUUGAACUGUGCCUAGGUUGGAGAGCCAUAUGUAAGUUGUUGUGGAGUUUCUUGGAAGACGAGUAGGACAUGACAUGUGCAACACUAAUGGUAGUAGCAGUUAUUGCUUCCUGUUCUGAAUAUCGCUUUGACGGUGCAAGAAGCCACAUAGUUGAACUGGAAGACUCUUUGAAAUCCGCUGUUAGCCAAAUUGCUACACUCCUUCAAAAGGGCAGUUACUUUUACAAUUGGGAGCAAAGCACACCACUCCAGAAGUGGUAAUCUAAACGUUCAUGUUAACUCAUCUUGCCUCUAACCUUUCUGUAUUGUUGCCUGUGAAAUAUUUCUCACCAGCCACAUUAAUUUUAACCUGCAGGUGGCAGAAGUACAUAUUCUGGAGCAUAACCAUACAGUUAUCCUAGAUGAAUAUUUGCAUAGAAAGGCUGCUUUCUAGCUGAUAGAUGCAUAACUGAAGCAGGAAGAAGGGUAAGGGAUGGAUCCCUACAAUGAAAAAUGAUUUGACAUCUUGUCCUGCCAUUGAUACGUUGAUGAAUAUUGUAGAAAUAGAUAAAGUGAGAUGAUUCAUGUUCCUGAGCUCUCUAGAGAAAUGGGGACCAUAGAAAUAUGAUUAAUAAGUAUAUUGUAUGUUGUACAUAACUUUUAGUUUGCAUUCAGUAGUUUGCAUUUUAGUUUGUACGGUAUUAUGUCUUCAGAGAUACUGGAGCACUAUAUCCUGGGUUCUAGCUAAGUUAAUUAAUGUAGCUUUACCACAGGAGUAGGAACCUCCAGCCCACACACAUAGUACAGCCCACCAACUGGGAAGAGCCCCCUGUCACUCACAGCUUUUUCUUCACUCUCUGUCCUCUUCUCCAGCUGCUUUGCCAUCCCUUGGUAGGGCUUGCCCUGAAUGAAUGAAUGAAUGAAUGAAUGAAUAGUAAUGUUAACAACAAAGAAGGAGAGAUUUGUUGAGUUGCUUGGUUAGCCGUAUUCAAAUUCUUUUCAGUUGUAUGCAUUUUGCUUCACUAUUAUAGCUGAUCGCUAUACUGUUGUGUUUCAUGGCUUAUGUAUUUUUUUUUUAUUUGUGUACCACUUUUCCACAAAAUUGAGUCCAAAGUGGCUCAUAUCAUAUCAACAGAGCAAUAAGUAUUAACAAUUUCAAAAUACAUAAAGGGAUAGUUAGAAAUAAUCAUAAUAUCAAUAAAUAAAUGCAAAACAAUCCAAACAACAGGGUAGAAAAAAAUACACAUAACCAAACCUAAUUUAACAAUUUAAAACUAAAGAGCGAGAACAAUGCCUAACAGAAAUAAAAAAGUGAGCAUUCACAAUAUUAUCAUAUUUGUGGAGUUCUUUGGUUUUCUCUGGAAAUUCACUACCAUGCAUGUACAAAAUCCUAUCUGUUACAAUAAUGGGAAAAUAUGUACCGUAUUUUUCGCACCAUAGGGCGCACCGGACCAUAGGGCGCACCCAGUUUUUAGGGGGGGAAAUCAAGAAAAAAAAUAUUUCCCCCCCCCAGCCCCAAAGAGCAGCGUACAGGCUGCGCACAACCUCUCCCUGCCGGCACAAGCCAAGCCAAGGCAGCGAGCAGGAUGGAUCCCACUAGCUGUUUUGGCUUCCCCUUUAGCCCCGUGCUGCCUCCUUACCAGGAGACGCUGCACAGGGCUAAAGAAGCCAUAGCCCCGUGCAGCCUCUCCUUGCCGGAGGGGUUGCGCGCAGCUAUGGAGCAAGAAGAGUUUGGAUUUGAUAUCCCGCCUUUCACUCCCUUUUUUAAAGGAGUCUCAAAGCGGCUAACAUUCUCCUUUCCCUUCCACCCCCACAACAAACACUCUGUGAGGUGAGUGGGGCUGAGAGACUUCAAAGAAGUGUGACUGGCCCAAGGUCACCCAGCAGCUGCAUGUGGAGGAGCGGAGACGCGAACCCGGUUCCCCAGAUUAGGAGACUACCGCUCUUAACCACUACACCACACUGGCAAGCCAAGGCAGGGGGCGGGAUGGAUCCCGCUCGCUGUUUUGGCUUCCCCUUUAGCCCUGUGCAUCCUCUCCCUCCUGGGAGAGGCUGCGUGGGGCUAAAGAAUCCAUAGCCCCAUGCAGCCUCUCCUUGCCGGGAGACGCUGCACAGGGCUUUCCUGGCUUUUCUGGGAGGUGGGGGGAUUCCCUCACCUUUCGCAAAACCGGCAGAAGCCGCGCACACUUUAAAAGGGCUGCACGGCUUCUUCUGGCUUUCCUGGGAGGUGGGGGGAUUCCCUCACCUCUCGCAAAAGCCCGCAGAUGCCGCACAACCCGUUUAAAGAGAUCGCGGCUUCUCCUGGCUUUUCUGGGAGGUGGGAGAAGCAACUGAUGCGGCCCGUCAGUCCCUUCUCCCUCCUGGGGAAAAGCCCGCAAGAGCGCACGGAGCUUGUGUGCAGCUCUUGGGGGCUUUUCCCGACUGCCUCCCCCCUGCAUUCGCUCCAUAGGACGCACACACAUUUUCCCUUGCUUUUUAGGAGAGAAAAAGUGCGUCCUAUGGUGCGAAAAAUACGGUACUUUAUCUGGUAUGUAAAACUGUCAGCAGCUGUCUUGGUAAUAGAGGUCUGUGAUCACACAUUUGAUACCUGAUGUUAUUAUUAUUAUUAUUAUUUAAAAAUGAGACCACAUUUCACACUAUAGUCUGAUUUUGCAACAGCUUAUUUAGUCACCUUUCUUGCUUAAUGAAUAAUGAUCCCGUUUUAGAAUUUCUCCAAUAAUGAUGUUGUAACUCUGACACAUUACUCAAAGGCAGGUCACUGUGGUUUCUUUCCUUUCACAGAUGGGUAUAAUUUGAGUUUUUCCACGUGUUGCUCAAGUCCAGUCUGAGAUCAAUAUGAACCUUACCCAAUAUUAUACCAGUGCCUCAGAAAACCUUAUGGAAUGCAUAGUUCUUUGUGAUUACAUACUGAUGACUUUGACAGGCUAGGUUAAAUUAGAAAGUCAUAUCUAAAACCUCUUGAAAUUAAGUUAAGGUUGCUUGUAGUCAGGAUUUGAGCAAUACAUGAAAUAGUUCUUAUAAUAAUCCAAAAAAGUAUGUAAUCACAAAAUUCAGUUUCUUGGUAAUAUUGUUUGGCAUUAUGCUUUGUAUAUAUGCCUUUCAUUCCCAUGACAGAUCUACAAUAGAGUAGCUUGAGAAAGUUGAUACUGUGCAAGCAAGCAUAAUUUAAUACUAUGCUUGGGCAUCCUGUGUGCAAUGGUGAAUCAUGUGUUUUGAUGGAAAUUUUAUUUGUAAAACUUAAUAAAACAUAUUUAUUAAAAAAAUACAAUGCUUGGGCAUGUAUUUUUUACACUGCAUCAAGUUUAUCUCUUUGGUUGCCCCUGUAGGAGUUGUUAAGUUAAGGAUAUACUGAGAUCCAAUUAUUUAGACUAAAACUGAUGUGGGUAAAUUUGUAUGUAGACUGAGCUGAGCUUAUGACACAACCAUGAGGACAUCUUUCACCUUGAUCCACUUUUACUUAAAUUGCCACCACUCAACUCUCUGUUGCAGUGUUGUAGUACAAAUUACAAGUUGUGCUUGUGGCAAGCUCUUUACGCAACAACUUCACCAUGGGCAUAAUUCAGCUCACAUUCUGGCUACACAAAUUACGGUACAGCUGCCAGACGCCUCCUGUAUGGCUGCUUUGUAGCAAUUAUGAUGGAGUUCAGUGGGAUUUACAAAGGAGUAAGUGUGCAUAGGGUUACAUAGGAUUUAUUACUCCUCUUUACGCUGAUAAAAUGAAAUCAUAUCCUUAUCGGGUGACUUGAUAUUCCUUUUUUUUCUUUCUUUCCAAGGUACCCCUGCAGUUAAAAUCCUCAUGCCUGCGCUAUCACCUACAAUGGAAGAAGGAAACAUAGUGAAAUGGCUGAAAAAGGAAGGUGAAUCUGAGUUAACUUAAAUGCCGUUUUGGAGCACUGAGAACUGUGUCUUUUUUCCACUUCAGUCUACAUAUUAAUUCCAUCAAAAAGAAUUACCACAUCUUAAUUCCAUCAAAAAGAAUUACCACAGUGUAAUCACUGCAAUACAUUGUAUUUACACAUUGAUAUACUGCGUCUCCUCUCAGAAGCUUAUGGUGGCAUAUGUGGUCAUCUCAUCCCCCUGCCCCACAACUGUAUCCUGGUGUGAGCUUUGCAGCCAAGUGGAGAUUUGAGCCUAGGUCUUCUCAGUCGUAGUUCACACUAACCACUGCACUACAGUGACUCUGCACUACUUCUAAACCAUUAUUUAUUUAUUAACGUAUUUGUAUACCGCUGAAUCACAAAAAUCAGAGUAGUUUGUAUCAUUUAUUUAUUUAAUUUGUUUACUGCCUUUCAUCGAUAGAUCUCGGGGCAGUUCACUACAUAAAAAUACAAGAUUUUUUUAAAAAAAAUUGCAAGAUUUAUCAACUCUCUGGAAUGUUUCCAGUGACUGCUGCGGUUGCGAUAUGAAUUAAGAUGAUAAAAAUUGUGCAAAAGAGAGACUCAUUUAAUUCAGUUUUGGGCUUCUGAUGUUUACUAAGGCAAAAAUGUAUGCAUCAGUUGAUACAACUUUAAAACAUGUUGAUUUGUAGCUAAACAGAGCUUACUUCGCCUGCAAGCCAUAAGCCGCAGAAAGCCUGAAGCCACCAAAUUUGCAGCACAUUUUGCACUUCUUUCCCUUCAGGCAUUUUCUGGCCUAAGGCAGCGCGUAUUUGUUUCACUUGUUCAAAGGUACAGUAUUUGCAAUUUGGAAAGUGGACUGACUAAACCUUGGUCUCCAGCCCACAUGCAGGGCAGAUGACAGAAGCUUUAGAUACCAUCCUCCCUGCAAAUCGAACACUUAACACAAUAGGGGGAGAGGUUGUAGUCCAGCCAGCUUUGCUAGGUUGGGUUUUGUUUUUUUAAAAAAAUGUGCAGGGCAUUUUCUAGAUAGAGAAUCAUUUUAAAAUGUGUUUUACCCCGCCCCCCCAUGUGUAUUCUGAGUUGGUUUAGUCCAUUCCACCACAGGACUUUACAACUUUAGUUCUUCAUGGUGUGUUCCAUAUGUAGAUCAGAUCUCCGUUGGUAGGAAGAGGCACCUCUUAAAUGAAGGAAACAAUAAAAUUGACUUGGCUUUUGAGAGUUCUGUAGCAUGAAUUAUUCGGACUCCUACUAGUCUAUAAAAUAUUUCAGGCAUAUGCUAUUAAUAAAUCAGCCUAUCUGUAGUGUUAAUGAGUUUUUGAAACAUUCUAUCAGUUUGCAGGUGCCAUCUCUAAAUUAGGAAAGGCUUUUUUAUUUUUAAGACUAACUUCUUAACAAAAUGAUAUUUUGGGUCAUUCAUUACCACUGCUCUUCUAGAUUCUUGUCACUUAAAAUAGCUGCUCUUUAUUAAGGCAUUUGGAAGGUUUUAAAUUAGUACGGUUUAAUCACAUAUUUUAAAGAGGAUUUGAGUGGCUGGGGGGGGGGGGGACGACCCAAAUAUAGUCUGAACUCUGGGCCUCUGAAAAUUUGCAUUAAUAUGUUUGUUUAAAAAUAAAGGUAGCUAGCUACCUUUGUUGCUAUCUUAAAUAAAGCAGCACAGGAGUUUGAAUCUCCCAUAGCAUUAAAAAUGACUCAUUUUUGGCCCCAGUUUCUGUUCUGGACAUGGGAUUUUCUUAUUCUUCUCUCUAAAAUUAAGCACUCUCUCAUGCAGAUGCUUGCUAUCCAUCUAAAUAGUUCCACAUCUAUUCCAUAUGUCAAAAGGACAUUCCAAAUCAAUAACGUUCAUUCACGAGGCUAAUGUAUUGAAAUACUGGCAAAAUCUCUGACAUAAGGCAUCUUGAGAAUUCUUACUAAUUCUUCAGGAUUUAACGGGUAAACCCAUGGAAAGCAAAUAAUGGGAGGAAAGAUCCAGUAAUUUCCAGACAGGUGUUUUAUUGGACAGAUAAUUAGACCAUUAUUCCUCUUCUUGAAGUGAAAUGUUUGAAGAGACCAAAUACAGUUUUGAAAGAAGAUUGCAUUUGGCAUCUGCUUACUGUUACCAAAGGCACCUGAGUUAUAAACAUCACACUCUUUCAAUAUUCUCUCUUUUGUUUUCCAUGAAUGUAGUAAUGGAGGAAGGAAAAGACAAAGACGUGUGUGUCAUUUCAUUGACACAGCUAUUACACAUUGCCACCGUAAUUGCUCAAUGUUUUAAGUGUUUCAUAAAAAAAACAAAGACAAAUCCAAUUUAGGGCUUAGGCAAGUCACUCCAUUUCCUUUAGGCAAGACUGUUAAAAGCCUUUUUUCAUAUUUUGAUGAAAACUGUACUGCAUGCAAAGUUGGUACAUAAGCAAGCCUUUGUUACUUCAGUACUCUAAAGAGAAGGUGUGUGUUGGAUGGCUUUGACCCCAGAACCAUUCAGAAGCCUCUCCAGCUUCCCACUGUAAUCCAUCUUUAAUGGCAGCCAUCCAGCAGGUCUUUCAGUAGACAAAGGCGUCUGAGUUCACAGGUCUGCUAUCACAAGGCAGCAGAUGGUGAUCUUCUUGAAUUGAGAAGAAAAUACUGUCUUGAAACGAUUCUAUUUCAUUUAAAAAAUGAAAAUGCAUUUCUAAAAGGACUGUUUCAUGUUGAAAGAAACUGAGCUUGCAGAGUUGCUUCCCAGUUUUCUUCUCUUUUUGGUAGGGUGGAGAAGGCAGAGGAGCAUUGCUUAUCUGCAAAUGAUAGUAUGAAUUAAAAUAUCAUUUGUUUGAAAUCUCUGCUUAGAGCUCAAAACAAUUUAUCAUUUAAAGAAUAUAUUGCUUAUCAAGACUGGACUAGAUUCUUCUUUAUCUACAAUUUUUGUUGCUGAUUCAGAUGGUGCCAUUGAUUUUUUUUUUUAAAUAAAAACCCCCCUCUCUGGAUUGUCCUAGCUUGGGAGCAACCCUUAUGACUGAUUCUGAAUCAGCCAUUGGUUCAUAUCCCUUACAGCUUUUUAAUGUUUUUAUUUAGAUUUUUCAGUGCUGCCUUUCCCUCACUGCCACCCUAAUCUCUCCCCCAAUUGCCCCAGUUCACACUGUCCUUGCUUUAACAGUUGUUACUGUCCAGCUUGCUGCCAUCCAUUUCCCAUAUAGGUUUGCUGCCCCCAACUUGACACCCUUUUCCCUUGGAGGUAGCAAAAUGAUAGAGCUGGUAAAGACUAAAGCUGAAGUUAGCAGUGGCAAAGAGAGUACAGUCGUAUCUUGAUUCUCGAAUGGAAACCGUUCUGGAAGUCCAUUCGACUUCCGAAACAUUCAAAAACCAAGGUGUGGCUUCCGAUUGGCUGUAGGAGCUUCCUGCACUCAAGCGGAAGCUGUGUCGGACAUUCGGCUUACGAAAAAUGUUCGAAACCCAGAACGCUCACUUCCGGGUUUUCGGUGUUUGGGAGCAAAAAUGUAUGAGUACCAAGGCAUUUGAGAACCAAGGUAUGACUGUACUUGGCUUCUUGAUAUUUAGUGCACCUACAUGACAGGCUAUAACCUCCACCCCAUCUCAAUAUGCCAAAUUAUAUGAUGAUGGGAUUUAGGGUGGUUUUUGAUUAAAAAGUGGUAAUAAGGUUCUGCAAAUGCCUUUAUUCCUCACUUUAUAUUACUGAGAUUCCUUGAACUGUAGAAUCAUUUUGUAAUGCUAUUGUGAGUUGCUAAGUGUAGUCCCUCUCUUUUCCAGUAUCAGUUUUCACCAUUGUGUCUUGACUUUCUUUCUAAACAUGCUACACUAUAUGGUUUUAAAAUACUGUUUUUUCUCAGUGCUCUGAAAUGAAUUGAUUUAAAAUGUUGAACUAUCUUUUGAUUUUUACAGGAGAAACAGUGACUGUUGGAGAUGCAUUGUGUGAAAUUGAAACAGAUAAAGCAGUGGUUACCAUGGAGUCAAGUGAUGAUGGCAUAUUGGCUAAAAUAAUGGUAGGGAGAACUUUUUUAUUCUAUAUUACGGCCUUUGGUAUAUGAGCUCAGCAAUCAGUAGACUCUUUGCUAAGACUUUCCUUUAUUUCAGGGAUGUGGAAUUGGAUCUUACUGGCAGAUGAGAUCCUCCUUUCUCCCCACCACUCCACAGGCCAACUUUGAUACAUGGGCAGAGCCACUCACUUGUCAAUCACUUGAUAUUAUUACGUUGUCAAGCAACAACGUGAAAGGGGCUCACCUUUAAGUCUGUUUGCAGGAGAUUUAGUUCAUUUGCAAGUGGUUUUGUAAAGGCAAUGUUUCUUAGGGUCCAUCAGCUGAUUGGCUCUGAGAGACAUCAGUGUAAGCAAGCAUCAAAUGAUACAUGUUGGCGCAAAAAAAUCUCAAUUUCACAUAUACCUUCGUUCCAAUUUUAGUAUAUGUGCUGCCGAAGUGAGCACUACCUUCAUGGGGUCGAAUCUGGCAGUGACUAACAAGACCUUGGAUUGCAGUGGAUACCUUAAUGAAUAUGUUGACCCAGAGAGCAGCAGCUGGGAAAUUGACGAUUUCCACACUAGCGAUCGUUAGGAAAGGAAUUGAAAAUAAAACUGUCAAUAUUGCAGUGCCAUUAUACAAAUCUGUGGAGCAACCGCAUUUGGAAUAUUGCGUACAAUUCUGUUCGCUUUCCCUCUAAAAGGAUUUUGGAAAGGCUUCAGAAAAGAGUCACUGAAAUGAUUAAGGGGACUCCUCUAUGGUGAAAGGUUUUAGCUGUACACUUUUAUGCAGCUCAUAGUUGAACUGUGGAACUCGCUUCCACAGUUGGCAUUGGUGGCCACCGUCUUGGAAAGGAUUGGACGAAUUAAUGGGGGAUAAGGCUAUCGGCGACUUCUAGCCAUAAUGGCUGUUGUCUGCCUCCGCUGUUGGAGGCAGUAUGCUUCUGAAUACCAGCAGCUGGGAACCACAGGAGGGGAAGAGUGCUCUUGUGCUUUGAUCCUACUUGUUGGUUUCCCAAAAGCAUCUGUGUGACCAUUGCAAAAACAGUAUGCUGAGUUAAUGGGCUGUUUGCCUGAUCCAUCAGGCUCUUUUUAUGCUCUUAUUGUUGAAAUGGGUUUACAAAUCAAUUGAUCCCACAAUAUGUGUACAGUGGUAUCUCGGGUUACGAACUUAAUUCGUUCCGGAGGUCCGUUCUUAACCCGAAACUGUUCUUAACCUGAGGUGCACUUUUGCUAAUGGGGCCUCCCUCUCCCACCGCGCCGCUGGCACAUUAUUUCUGUUCUCAUCCUGGAGCAAAGCUCACAACCCGGAGCACCUACUUCUGGGUUAGCAGAGUUUGUAACCUGAAGGGUUUGUAACUCAAAGCGUUUGUAACCCGAGGUACCACUGUACUCAUACACAUGUAUAUAAAAUACGCUUAUGAGGAUAACUUAUUUGUAUUCAAAUGUGCUUGUUAGGCCUGUUGGCAUCAGAAUGUGAUUGAUUUGCUAGUCCACCAAGCAUCUGUUUUUUAAAUGUUUUUGUAAUGCUUUUUGACGGAAGAAUUUUAUUUUAACAGAAGCUGCUCUGUGUCUGGAAGUAAUACUUUUUUCACACCACAUCAUUGCAGCUGGUAAUGAGGAGGAGACCUUUUGUAUUGUCAGUAUGAUGGGUUGUUAUAAUACAGUACAGAUUGAACGAGUUGAGAAAUGUGUUCAUUGAAAUGAAGGGUAUUUCUUGUUUUUCCGUUCUUCUUUCCCGCUAUUGGUAAAUACAUUGGGGGAGAAAAAGGGAUGUAGCAGAAUGGAGAACAGUCUUAACCAAGCAAAGUCAUAUGCAGAAGCCCUUCUGUCAGCAUAUCUUACACUGAGGCUGCAUUUAAAACACUAUUAUAAAGUCUACUAAUGUUGCACAUUAAAAUCCCAUUAAGGCAGUGUUAUGAUGUGCAGUCCCUUGUGUAAAUUCUUAUCACAUCACUGGUCCUGAUACUGAACUUGUAGUGAGCUGAAAUAGUUUGCUUAAGCGUGUUUUGCAAAUGAGUUUCAAAAAUAGCCCAAUGUGUGAAAAGGAUAUGAAAUAGCAGCCAGGCUAGUUAAGGAAGAAACCAAGCAAGAAAAUGCCUGCUUGAAGCAUGACGUAAGAUGUGCCCUUUUUAGUUGCUUCUUAUGCAAACACUACAGUGUUUGUUUGUGAUAACCAAAUAUGUGGAUUUCUGUUCACAAAAAAAUCCCCUGCGCACCCCCUAUCACCUGGUUAAAAAGCAAAUCUUAUUAAAUGGGAAAAUAUGGAACAUCCUGGCAUCUGUUCCCUCCCCUUUUCCAUUUCCUCCUCUUCUUUUUGUGAUUUAAUUAAUACAGCUUAUAAUUACAGUCAUUCUGAACACUAAGAAUUCUGAGCAUUCACUCAUGUGAAUCUCCAUCAUCAUUUUGAAAUGGUAUAGCCCAGACACAGGUUUGUCGCCUUAUCUGUUUCUGGGGACAAUGUCAGUAAGCAUGUUUACUAUUUGCUGAGCAUAUUUACCUCAGUACAGCAUGUUUCUGACCGUGCAGUCCUAUUGGGAGCAAGUCUCACUGUAAUCAGUAGGAGACUUGAGAUAAGUUUGAUUGGAUACAUAUGCGUAGAAUUGCAGUGUGAAAUAGUUUGCUUUGUGUCUAUGCUACAGCUUCUGCAACUAACUUCAGGAGCAUGGCAUAGUUAUACUAACUAGAAUAUGAGACUCUGUUGCAGGGUCCAGGUUGGCUGCUAAAAAAUACUCUGGUUCUUUCAUGGGCUUGUAUUUAACUUUUAGCGUUAAACCUUCUGCUAGAUAUCCUGCAGGACUAGGUAGUCCUAGCCCCUUAGAAGAAGUGGUUGGGCUGGUGAAGCUGCUGAGUGGGUGCAGGGGAGCAUAUUUCUCUUUCCCAACUAUAAAACAUUUACAUUAGUUACAGGUGUGUGCAUGUAGACAUCAACCUGAUUUCUCUACCACCACCCCCAUCCAUUUUCAGAAGGAAGAAGGAAGCAGAAAUGUGCGUUUGGGUCAACUAAUCGCCUUGCUAGUGGACGAAGGACAAGACUGGAAGCAAGUUGAAAUACCAACUGAAACGAGCAUUGCUGUGCCAUCAGCAGCAGCAGCCCCACCUCCCACUCCUUCAGUAACAUUGGCCCAUAAAGUGGAACACCAUGCUGGAAAGCUACAGUGAGUUUCUGCAUACUUUUGAGCCAAGGCUUUCACUUUUUGAUCAUGCCCAACAAAAAGUUAGCGUUUGAUGACAACCAAAUUCAGUGCCCUUAAUACUGCUGCAAAGCUAUGGCAAAAAGAGUGAUUACGCCUGUAGAUUUGCAUGCUAUACAAAAGAGAAAAAUACAGUGGUACCUCCGGUUGUGGACGGGAUCCGUUCCGGAGGUCCGGUCGGAUCCCGAGGUUUCCGCAACCUGAGGACUGCUUCUGCACAUGCACGCAUGGCAAAACCCAGUAAAAUACUUCUGGGUUUGCCGCUUUCGCAUCCCGAAGUUUACAUAACCAGAGGGUUACUACUGUAGUGCUUUUGGAUGAAGAUGCAGGAAUCUUUAACCAACAAACCUUGGUUAAAGCAUGGAGGUAAGAGACCAGUUUUAAUACCCCUGUGAACUUUCAGUGAUAGCAAUGGUAUUAGCAGUACUGGCUGUAUAAAAAGCAAGGGGAACCAUGUCGGUCCAUAAGAAUAAAAAAAACUCUCCGAAAGCCAGAGUUAGGUAAUAUCUUUAUUAGGACCAAACAAAAUGUCACAAAAUAGUGACAUGAUUUCAGAACUCUUCAUCAGGCAAGAUAUUACACAAAGCAGAAGAAAUGAGGAAAACUGCUGCGGUUGUAGACCUUCCAAUACUGGUGUCAUAAUAUUGGAAGACUUGACAGACAUCCUUCACUUCAGAAUGUAAUGAGCAAUGCUGAAAUAAAGCAUUGAAAUAAGUGACCAGUUAUACUGUAGUUGAGCUUGUGACAUUCUGCAUGAUGGUGAACCCUUUAAUGUCAAGGAGGUCCUUGAGGUAAAGGGCCCCAUGUCUUUUUGGAUUUGCUUGGAGACAAAAGGAUUUAACUUUUCUGUAGGGCUGUAUAUUGAGUCAGACCGUUGGUCCAUUUAGCCGAGUAUUGUCUGGUCUGAUUCUCAGCGACGCUCUUGGAAAGAGUGUUCCCCGUGAUUAUUUUUUCUUCCAUUAAACACAUUUCAGAAUCUCAGUUAUAUGGUUGUGAUGGGAGAUAUACCCACCAACUUAUUUUUCAUGUGUAGAGUGUUUUGGUCAAUUUUUUUGUUGGUAUAAUCUUCAAUUGUGUAUGUGAAAACAAUCAACUUCUAAGCAUUCAAAAUUAUGCAUAGCUAGAGCUGUACAACUUGAUAGUUUCCUGGCAAUAAGAGAAAGAGCCAUUAGUCUGGAAAUAGGGUCCACAGAUACAUAGAUCAUCCAGGUAUUGGUGGAUUUCUAAAGUUCAUUUAUAUGUAUGCAACAGGAUGAUCAAAUGUGCUUUUUUUUAGAUGCUACAUUCUUAAAUAUGUUGUUUAAUAUUCUGGCUGUCCUGUUUUUUUAAUUUAAUUUAAUUUUUUUACUUCUACUAACUUCAGGGUUACCACAAGUCUCCUGAUACUGUGUGUGGCCUGUUGUCAUUUUGACUACAAAAGUGAGAGCAUACAAAGGCUUGGUUCAGAAUUAGAAUAUAGGAUGGUGGUGCAUAAACUCCUUUACCAAAAUUGACAGGUUUUUAAAUAUGUGCCUUUUUAAUGCAGUUUUUGCUUUGUCUGUAGGUUUCGGUUAAGUCCUGCUGCUCGCAACAUUCUGGAGACACAUGGACUUGAUGCAAGCGGUUGCACACCUUCAGGUCCUCGAAGCAUCUUCACUAAAGAGUACGGCACCUGUUCACCCCUUUCUUCCUUUAUUUCUAUAUUUCUUCCUCAAUUAUUUUUUGUAGGAAGGAUCAAUGCUAGGUAGAUGUUGAGACUGAUUUGAUGCCCUUUGAAACAGGUAUUGGAAGCUAUCUUAGGAAGAUUUUCUAAUCGUUAUUAGAUUGUGGCAUAUUUGAACUUUGAAAUAUAUUGGUAUAUAUGUGUGGUAGAAGAAAGGAAGGAUGAAAGAGAAAAGCAAGACUGCAUCAAAACCUCAUAAAGGAGGAAGUGAGCAGGCAAGGGCUGGAGUUGCUAGGUCUAUCUAGAGUCUUGACAGGAAAAGACUAACAUCUAACUCAGUUGGCAUGAAUGGGAAAGGACUUGUGGGUAGUGGAGUACACUAGUGGCCAAAAUUGUGGAAACCUUUUGGGGAAAGUGUAUUUCCGAGAUUUGUGGUCUAAAGCCUAGGGCUUGCUGAUCAGAAGGUCGGCUGUUCGAAUCCCUGUGACAGGGUGAGCUCCCGUUGUUCGGUCCCUGCUCCUGCCAACCUAGCAGUUUGAAAGCAUGUCAAAGUGCAAGUAGAUAAAUAGGUACCACUCCAGCAGGAAGGUAAACGACGUUUCCGUGCGCUGCUCUGGUUUCGGUGUUCGGUUGUGCCAGAAGCGGCUUAGUCAUGCUGGCCACAUGACCUGGAAAAACUGUCUGCGGACAAAUGCCGGCUCCCUCAGCCAGUAAAGCAAGAUGAGCGCCACAACCCCAGAGUCGUCCGCGACUGGACUUAAUGGUCAGGGGUCCCUUUACCUUUUUAACACCUGAUUGGCUCUCUAAACACUCAUGCACAUUGACUACAUUCAAGUGAAGGAAAGCUGCUGCAUAUCAGCCUAAGCAAGUUGUGCUUCCUUUUUCUGGUUAUUUGGCUAUAACGUUUGAUAGAGUAUAGAUAAUUGAACAAACUUUAUUGCAUUACAUUCUUCAUUAAAUUAUCUUCCCAUUGAUAUAUAAUUUAUGACAUUACUAAAAAAAAAAAAGUAGUGUUAUGAGCCAUCAAACCUCAGAAAUACACUUUUCCCAAAAGGUUUCACACAAUUUUGGCCACUAGUUUAUGCAUCACACAUUCCACAGCCACAAAAGAUUCUGAUGUCCCGAUUAAGCAGUUUCUGAUAUUGAAACCUGUGUGAUCAAUAGAUUAGUAGCAGAUGAAUUACAGUGGUACCUCAGGUUAAGAACUUAACUUAAGAACUUAAUUCGUUCCGGAGGUCCUUUCUUAGCCUGAAACUGUUCUUAACCUGAGGUACUACUUUAACUAAUGGGACCUCCUGCUGCCGCCGCUCGAUUUCUGUUCUCAUCUUGAAGCAAAGUUCUUAACCUGAGGUACUAUUUCUGGGUUAGUGGAGUCUGUAACCUGAAGCGUCUGUAAUCUGAAACAUCUGUAACCCAAGGUACCACUGUAUAGUGCUUUGGUUUUGGUUUUGAAUUUAUUGAGUUUUUCAAGUAGACAGAAAUUACAUAACUUGGUUGAACCAUGGCGUUGGAACAGUUUCUCGAAGGCCUUCUUGUCCAACCCACUGCUGAUAUACAGUGGUACCUCAGGUUACAAAUACUUCGGGUUACAGACUCCGCUAACCCGGAAGUAGUACCUCGGGUUCAGAACUUUACCUCAGGAUGAGAACAGAAAUCGUGCGGCGGUGGUGCAGCGGCAGCAGAAGGCCCCAUUAGCUAAAGUGGUACCUCAGGUUAAGAAUGGUUUCAGGUUAAGAAUGGACCUCCGGAACAAAUUAAGUUUGUAACCAGAGGUAUCACUGUAGGUAUCUUUUGCUAUAGAAUCCCUGAUGGGAAGCCAUCUAACCUCUGCUUGAAGGCUGCUUUCCCCCUUCCUUAGAAAAAAUUGUCUGCCUAUACUGUUAUAGACCUAUACCAAGGCAAGACCUAGAUUUAAAUGGUUUAGGAAAUUGUAUAUUAAAACAAACAACAAUGAGAAGCAGCACAGCUUGUGCUUCGUUCACAUUGUGACCUGAUUUAGACAGAACAGUGAGCUGUGUGGAUGUUAUAUCAUUUGUAAUAGCAGCUCAUUAUCAGAAAGCUUAGUCAUUAUGUAAGUGUAACUGUAAAUUAUGGUAUGUAAGUAGUUCGUGGCAGGUGGGAACCCUCUAGGUCACAAAGAUAUCUAAUUAACUUUUCCUGGUAGCCAUGGAGAUGUACCACAGAUUUUGCUAGAGGAGUAGAGGGAAUGUUUUCAGCUAGAGAAAUGCCUUUAAAACACACACAUGCCAACACCUACCUUUAUUAUUUCUUUUAACAGAAUAAAUUGUCUUGGAAUAGCCCAUUUAAAAGAGGAGUUUGCUGCUUAAAUCAUCACUGUAAAAUUACUAAAUCGUGGUAAAAAAGAGGGACACAUUCACUCAUAGUUAUUGGGUUUUUUUAAAGAAAACACACACCCGUGUAUGGAUUUUUUAAAUGUUUGGAUAAGCAGAUUUGAAUGAAUGUUAGUUGGCAAAAUAUAUGCCGUGCAGCUAAGGCUUGCAUCCAAAGUACUGCAAAGUCUCAUGUCCCAUAAGUUCAAGGAUUUAUGCUUGGGCAAUGAAACUUGGCUGGGCAUGUGCCCUGCACCCUUCCCAAAUCCCAGCAGAUGUAGGGAGCACGUGAAGGGAGGGGAGAGGGGAACAUUAUAUUGCGCAAGCAUCAAUCGUUGUGCUAAUCCAGGCAUAGGCCAAACUCGGCCCUCCAGAUGUUUUGGGACUACAACUCCCAUCAUCUCUGACCACUGGUCCUGUUAGCUAGGGAUGAUGGGAGUUGUAGUCCCAAAACAUCUGGAGGGCCGAGUUUGCCUAUGCCUAUGCUAAUGGAACAAGGGCAUUGGAUAUUGCCCUUAGAACUGAAUUACCGAAACACUUCCAGGGUUGCUGCUUUUGCAACCUGAACUUUACGUUACCCAAGGAGUUACUGUACAGUGAAAUGCAACUGAUGCUAUUUCUGUACAGUAUCUAAAUACAUGGUUCUUUGCUGAUUCAGAGUAGAUGUUUCUCAAGGCUGGCGCUACUAAUAGGUAUAGUGAGGCAGCUAUCUUGGGCAACACAUUUCAGGUGUCAUGAAAGGGCAAUAAGUUGUUAAUUUUUUUAUUAUUGUAUUUUUAAUGCCAGGAUGGGAGAAAAGGUGUUCAUGACGUUUGCUAGCUCAGAUGCCAAAAUAACUUGGCUGACCCUCGGUUCUUGACUUGCAGACAGGUGGGAAAUGUCAUUGGCUACUUCACCUCAGGCUACAAAAUGUAUUGGGCUAGCCUUGAUACUUCUGGUGUGAAACUAUCACAGAACAGGAGUUCUCAGACAUUUUUUGAAUGAAAUUAUUACUGCUUUGUCUGGCUGGUCAGGCUUACUAGUUGAAGGCAGCAAGGCAAGUGUCUGUUUGCAGGAUAACUUGUUUAUUUAUUAUUCUGUAGAUCUCUUGAAUGCAAGAAAUUUAAAAGAUUGAAAUAUAUAUCCAGUGCCAUCCAGUUUCAGUAUUAAGUGCAAUUCAUCACACAUAAUGUGGUGGGUUGUAUCAUUGUCCUGGAAAGUACUGCAAUGCUUACAAAUAUAUAUUCACAUUGGCACUUACCAUAAACCUUGAUUAAUCAUUGCUGCCAUCAAAUAUUGUUCUCGUUCCUCUUUCAGGUUUCCCUAUUAGCAUGUUGUUACCCAAUUAACUUUUAUGUUUACUGGACAGUCAAGUGUUUUAUGUAGUACAGUGGUGCCCCGCAAGACGAAUGCCUCGCAAGACGGAAAAACCGCUAGACGAAAGGGUUUUCCGUUUUGAAGUUGCUUCGCAGGACGAAUUCCCCUAUGGGCUUGCUUCGCAAGACGAAAAUACCUUGCGAGUCCUGAGAUUUUUUUCGCUUUUCCCCUUUAUCUAAUCUGCUAAGCCUUUAAUAGCCUUUAAUAGACUUUUAGCAGCUAAUCCCCUAAGCCUUUAAGCCUUUAAUAGCCGCUAAACAGCUGAUAGCGCUAAUAGCGCUAAUCCGUCAAUGGGCUUGCUUCGCAAGACGAAAAAACCGCUAGACGAAGACUCUUGCGGAACGGAUUAAUUUCGUCUUGCGAGGCACCACUGUAUACAAAGCUGUGUAACUGCAUAAGCUGUCUGCAAUUAUUUUCAUAAUGGUGGUUACUAUCAGUAUAGCAUGUGGGCAUUACUGACAAGCAAAAGACUCAAAUUCUGUAGAUGAUACGUUCAGCAAUUAUUUUUUGCCUUGGCUGCUCUUUUCAAAACUCAAAGGAAUGGCAGAACAUAUAUCCUGUGUAUUUGAGCCAUUUCCUUGGGAGUGUGUGGGAAUUAAGCAUACAAUUCUUCUAUUGAUACCCUGUUCAAAAUACCUGAGCAAUCAAGGACUUGAACUUUUCCCAUAUAUUCAUUCAUUUGUAACUUGGAAUACCUUGAAGUGUUUUAGCUGGAUUAUUACUGUAAUUUCCGUGUAUAAGACUAGUGUUUCCCCCCCUAAAAAAUAAAUGUCCAAAAUUUGGGGGCGUCUUAUACAUGGAGGCCAUCUCCCCCCAUUUUCUUAAAUUGGAGACGGAAAAAUACGGUGUGUCAAUAGUUUCCUCUGUUUGAUUAGGCAGCAUUACUUUAUUUAGUAAUUUUGGCACUUUUCAUUCUAUUUGAUUAGCUAUCCAGUGUUUACAUAAUUUUAAAAAAACCCAAUUCCUAUACAGUGGUACCUUGGGUUACAUAUGCUUCAGGUUACAGACUCCGCUAACCCAGAAAUAGUACCUCGGGUUAAGAACUUUGCUUCAGGAUGAGAACAGAAAUCGUGCUCUGGCGGUGCGGCAGCAGCAGGAGGCCCCAUUAGCUAAAGUGGUGCUUCAGGUUAAGAACAGUUUCAGGUUAAGAACAGACCUCCGGAACGAAUUAAGUACUUAACCCGAGGUACCACUGUAUUAAAGGAAAAAAUAUGGACUAGGAUCUUAGAAAGCUACUAUAGGUGCAGCCAAGGUUUUGAGCUUGGCUAGUUAGUUUGCUUUUUACACUUUUAAUAGCCUCCCCAUGCCAGCUGUAUCACAAAUUCAAAGUUUCCUAGGUUUGGAGCUACGGCACAGGGAUCUGCGGCUUGAAAGACACAAGCCAAAAGUCCCUCGUGUGUGUGAAAUUAGUUGCACAGUUCUUUGGAGUCUGGCCAUAGUCUUACUAUGAAUGCAGGUGAUAUUUGUGGAUAUUUGAAUAUUAAAAAUAGGGGCAGGUGUGUUUCUACAUAAUAUGUAUGUACCAUGCUGUUUGGAAACCUGCCAAAUUCAGAAGGGCUGUUCAUUCUUCCAACUUUGCUCUCACAUCUGCUUUGAGUUGUAUUGCAAGGAACAGGUAAACAUGGAUCUCUUGUAUGUGAAAAAAUGUAUGAUAAAUGUAUGAUAAAAAAACUUGGAUGGGUUAGGCAACCCUUAUGCUUUCAGUAAACCCUUUUCAGUAGGAAAAAUAAACAAAUCCUAAAAUAAGUGAACUAUGGGCAAAGUUGCCUACUUGGAAGUGAGUCUCUAAACAUGCAUGAAUCAGCAGUUCUGUGCAUAGAAGUAACAUUCAGUGUGCACAUGACAACUGCCUGCUGCCUGAAUGUUAUUUACAGAUUGCAGUUCAUGGUCUUUAUGUCGGUAGUUGGAUUGCUGAAUGUUAUUGGCCGUAACUGCCAAGGAGACUGAAUGUUCUAUGGCAGCUGUAGUUAGCCAGUAAAAUGACUACUUGUGUGGAAGCCAGAGGGGAAACUAGUGAAUUGUGUAAAGAUGGACCUGCCAUGUGGGAGAUAUCACCUCAGUAGUUUUCUGUCUUGAAGGUGACUUAACUACGGCUUGGGAAAUCUAUCUUUUAUUUAUUAUUGAAUUUGUAUAAUGUCCUUCCUCCCAAAGGCGGCAGACAUCAAAACGUUAAAAAAAUACAACGUUAAAUAAAUUUUAUUUUAAAAAAACAUAUUUUAAAACAAUUUAGAAUAUUUCAAAGCCAUCGCAUCCCCUCACAGUUACUAAUUUCAGAAUUGCCAUGGCCAGUAUCUUAUCAGCCAUCAGAUACCUGGGUAAGCAGAUAUCUUUAAAUUUUCUCCUGAAAGUCAGUAAUGAGGGAGAGAGACAUCUCACCAGGCAGGGCAUUCCACAAACGGGGAACUACCACCAAGAAGGCACUGCUGUAGGUCAUUGCCAACAGCAUGGCUGCUAGAGCACCACCAAUAGGGUGUCCCCUACCGAUUGUGGGGCCCAAGAUGGUUGACAUAGGGGAGAUGCUUUCUUAGGUGCUUGAGUCCCAAAACUGUUAACACUUGGUACACUAGCUAACAUUUUGAAUUGGGCUCGGUAGUUCACUGGCAGCCGGUGCAGAAAUUUCAGGACCAGUGCUAGCCUGGCAUCCAAACUGAAACCUGCUUAUGUAGCUUUGAGAAGAAAUUCAGAGUCCAGUUGAAGCCGUGGCCCUACAAGCAGUGCUUUUCUUCUAGAAAAUAAAGUGCCAGAACUGCUUGCCCCUUGAGUACCCCUAGAAAAAAGCACUACCUACAAAGAAUCCUCUUAGUUGUUCUGUUCACACUCUUUUGCUAAUCUUACUGACAGUAUUUGGCUCGAUAAUUCCCAGUCUGGUUCUUUUCAGAACUGCAGGUGGCAGUAAGACACAAUUUUUAUAGGCUGUGACAUCUUAACCAGUUAAAGUAGCUAAAUCCCUUGCAUUCUAUCUUGCAAAUUAAUUGUGGAAAUGGAUCUGGAUUCCAUAUAAAGGAUUCAUUGGUCAAUUACCACAAAAUCUUUACUAACAUGAACCUGUAUUUGGUUUUAAUAAUACUGGCUUUUACCUUUAUUUGGAAAUAUAUACAUUGUCUGUUUGUUCUAACCUCUAUACAGUUUAGCGGAAGCAGUUUCUGUCCUGUUAAAACAUACCUUUGCUCUUUUUGUAUCACAAACCAAGAAAUCCUGGAAACCAGCUUAGAUGCAAAAUUGGAAUAUGAAUUAUAUUUUUUUAUACACCAAGUGUUGGGCUAUAACCACAUUUCCUCCAGUGAUAAGGAUCUAUCCACAACCUAUUAUAGCAUUAUUAUUUUUUAAAAAGAUCAAAUAACUAUAUACAGCAUACUUUGAGAACAUCUAAUAAAAGGCAAAGUGACACUUGUUUGUGUAAAUUAAACAAUAGUGAAAAGGAAGCUCACACACCAGGUCAGAUGUUUAUGGCUGAAGUUCAUACUUCAUUGAAAUCAGUGGCAAAACCCCUAUUGAUUUUAAUGAGCCAGAUUGGCUCCCAUAAUUAUUAACUAAAGCGCUGCAUGUCACAAAUAAAUUAAUUCAUAACUAGCAGCAAUAUAUUAUCUAUGCAAGUCGCAGGGGAAGCAAUUAAAUUUUAUGGGGGUACUGUGGCAUCUAAAAGAAGAUGUAUGUAUGAUAUAUAUGUAAUUUUCAGUACAUUUAAGCAUCUUUCUGGCUGACAAAUGGCCUGUCCUGUUGAACCCUGUAAUUAUUUAUUACUGUUACUAAGAUUUUCUAUAGUGCUUUGAAUAUGUUAAUUAUUCCAAAGUCACUGAAGCUGGUAAUGGUAUGAAAGAGUUGAUAAUGGUAUUUUAUCGUAUGAGAAUGAGGGUGAAAACUUCUUUCAACCACAACUUUCAAAUCUCUGUGAAUUAGGAAAAAUCUAUUAAUAAUGCAGCUAGCGGUAUAAAUUUCCUAAUAGCUAUUUUAAGCUGUCCAGUCUUCCUGCACAAGCUAGUUAUGGCUUUUUGAAUUAAGAAAUUGAAGACUGUAAAAUUUUAUGGCUUUAUUAUAUCAGUCUUUAAAAAUAGUCAAUGUUCCAUUAUAUGAACACUGUAAUAUAAUUCCCCAGGCUUCUUUUUGUUCUUUACCUACCAAAAUGCAUCUAUGUAACUUGGAACAAGAUUAUUUUUUUCCCACUGACAGGUUUCACACAUACAGUUGUAUGCUGGCUUUGAUUUCCAAUUUGAUUUCCAAUGAUGUCUUGUAGUGCAAAAUAAGAAAACAGUACAGUUGCCUUAAGAACGAGAAUGAAUGACAGAAAAUCCUAACUAGGCUAUUACUAUUUGCAGUCAGUAGCACCUCAAUUCUGUUGUUUGCUUCAAGUAUCUGAUAUUACCACUGAACAUUGAGGUUCCAUUUAAUCCCCUUGCUGAUAGCAUCUGUUAGAUACAUUGACCCACUUCACAUGUCACAGGAAACCAUAGUUAAUAGUUUGCCAUGAAUGUGCCUUUGGGGGCUGGUGUGUGGAGGAAACAAACUUCAAUUUAGCUUUAAUGUUACUCCCAAACCAGGGAUCAUGGCUUUUGUUUUACUCCCAACAAACCAUGAUAUGUAGCCUACAUAUUUUAGGUUUACUGCGUACAACCAUUUAGUGCCUGUAUAUAAUACUAAGCCUGGAAUCAUGGUUUGUUCUUCCAUAUGCUAGCACAGCAGUUGCAAUCAUGGCAAACAAUUUAUGGCGGUUUACUGUGAUGUGCAAAAAAGCCGAUCUUUAAGAGUCAUCUAAGCUAGUAGUCAUCAUCACAGCCUGAGGCAGUGAAUUCCUUCUAGGUAUUCUUUUUAAAUCACCAAUUAAAGAGAAAAGGAGGAUAAAACAAAAAGGUAAAUAAUGAUACUUUUGUUAUAAUCUUGCCAGUAUGGAUGUAAAGUUAACUUCCUCUAAAUCAGGCAUCCCCAAACUCAGCCCUCCAGAUGUUUUGGGACUACAAUUCCCAUUCAUGACCACUGGUCCUGUUAGCUAGGGAUGGUGGGAGUUGUAGUCCCAAAACAUCUGAAGGGCCGAAUUUGGGGGUGCCUGUUCUAAAUCAUGGUUAAAAAUUCAGGAACCAGCCUCAGGAAUGUGAGUUCACUCUCCCUCUCUCUGAAUCAAGUUCUUUCCCUUCUGCUGUAACCACAUUUAAAGGAAAUGUCAACAUAUAACAUGGUUUUGGACCCGAUUUAAAUGGGAAGCUUUGUCAGCCACCAUUAAUGUAGAUAUUUCCUUAGCUAUAGUGAAAAUUCACCCUAAGGAUGUGGGGAAAGGGACUGCAUAUCCCUCAAGAUGGCUCUCUAUUUUUUGAUGAGGAAACCAGCACAUACCGCCCAAGUGCCCUGGAAAAAAAUGGGGCAUCCUGUUUCUUCGGGUGAGAUCACGGUGGCCAUUUUGGAUGCUGCGCUUUUGAUCCAUGCUCUCGCCCCAGAAAAAGUGCUUCUUCCACAUUGAGAGUGCAGCAUGGGUCACAUGACUCGUCCAAAAGCAGACCAACGUUCAACUUAUUCUGGAUCCAAUCCAUAUUUUUAGAAGCCUUAAAUACGCCAGUAACUUUCUAAAUUGUCUUGGGUCUUGUAAAGUACGGUGGAUAUUUGAGCUUCAUAUUACCCAGUCUGAGAAAUGGCUGAGAGGAAGAAUAAUGUUUAGUUGGUACUGUUCCAUUUAAUGUAUUAGGCUGACUAUAAUAACUGUAGCUGUAUGUGCAGCCAUAAUUGUAAAGUGAGGGGGAGGGGGCUGUAUGGACUAACUAGAUGAGAAAUCUCUCAUGAUACAUGAGAAAUACAACAGUGCUGAGCACAAGGUUGAUCAACUUUUAGUUAUUCAUCUCUGAACGAUUUGCAAUAGAUUUGUGGAAAAUGUUUUUUUGUGUUAAAGGAUUCAAAGUUCAAUUUGUUACAGUAAACCAAUUGUUGGUCUGAGCCAUGUAGAAAGAACCCUAUUCCUCAAUUCUGCCUUCCUGAGCCACUAUUUUGGACCAGGAACCAAUUGAACCUUUGUGUUUCAGUAAAUAAAAAGAGGAGAUCUCACCAGUCUACAGUCUGCCCACCUCAUGGAUGCUUGUGGAAAUGUCACCAUUUGAAAGAUCUGUUUGGUACACUGGAUUAAUAAAAUCUGUUAUAAAUCAAAUUAUUCAUAUUUGAAUAUUUUAACUUCUUGGGAUACUUGUUUAAAUUCUUCAUAUCUGAUUCUAUGAUUCUAUAGUGCUCUGAUGGUGUUCCUGCUUGGCAGGGGGUUGGACUCGAUGGCCCUUGUGGUCUCUUCCAACUCUAUGAUUCUAUGAUUCUAUGACUUUUUAAAUAACUGGAGUAAGAUUUUUAAAAAUCAAAAAGUGAUUCUGCUUCUCUAACCAUGAAAAUGACAUUAGUACAUUGGCUGGAAGCAUAUACAUCCCUGGAGAAUUUGUUAUUUUCUGAUGGAACUUCACCUGUACCUUGUACUGAGCAUUUCAUGCACCAAACUUGUGGGAAGAUUAUGUUCUGUAUAUAUUGCAUCAUAAUCCCUGGACAGAAUAAUAGCAGUGUCUAGAAAAGGUGUUGGCAGGGCAGGGAGAUUUGCGUGCGCAAGAAAUCAAAAUGAAAAAUGUGUUUGCUUCCUAUUUCAUAAAUUCUAAUCUUGGAUUAAACACUUUCCACACAGUCUUCUCACCUAGGGUUUUUAAUUUUAGUUUUAGUCUUGUGAUAUAAAAAGCAGGUCAGCUGCCAGCUACAUUUUUAAGGUCUUAUUGCAGUACUAACUCACAGCCUUGUCACGUUUUUAGCUUUUGUGUUGCCAACCCCUCACUCCCAACCCAAGUUACACAUUUGAUUUCAAAGGUGAUGAAGUUGUCGUGGAUUAAAUUCCCAUCCCACUAUGGGAUGUGGUUUGUCCGAAAUAUAUAUCUCAAGGGCAAAAAGAAAAUUGAAAGGUAGCCUUAGCGGAAGAAAGAUGAUAAAAGCUCUUUCCCCCCACUCCCCAUACCACAACUUGUCAUAUUAGUGAACCACUGUUUCCAUAAUUGUUGAGGAUUGCUUGGAGCAGGAAGUGGCUCUGGUUUGAAGAAAAGAACUUUACAAAUAUUUCAAACAGUUGUUGGGGUUCACAGCAAUCCUCAUUAGCAUUAGAGAUUUAGUUUUUAAUUUGGGGGUGUGGGUUGUUUUGCAUUUCUGCUUUUACUGUAUUCUAAAGUGUGUCUGCAUUUGUCGUUUAAACAACAGGGAUGCCCUCAAGCUUUUAGAGCAGAAGCAGAAAGGGAAACCUGUAGCAGCAAAGCCAGUGGUUUCUUCACUCCCUGCACAACAACCUGGAGUGCCUUCAGCAACAACACCUCUUCCUGCUUCUCGUCCUCUGGCUCCACCUGUUUCUGUGCCAGGUCGACCUGCUUCCGUGGUAAUAACUAUGGCAGAAUUGCCUUCCCCCCUUGAAUUUUCAGACAGGUCAAAACGAAACACGGUAAUGUGGGUUAAAAUAAGAGGAAGCUUUGUAGUAACCAAGAGGGAUCUUCAUAUUCAGAUCACAGUAUCUCUUUCAAAUAGCUGGUCGGGGGAAUAGAUAGAUACAGGGCUAUCUCUGUCAUAGUCACAUACAGAUGGGACUCGAGAGAUGCCAAGGAAGAAGGGAGCGAAUUCUAGAAUCUGUCACAUCCCAGUUGAAAGAAGACAGAACAUUUUGCAUAUGUCCACCACAGGGACAUGGAUAAGCAUGCGCAAGUGUCCCCAAAUGAACAGGGGUCACAUAGUACUGUCGAAAUUACAUUAGUUAAGCUUAUAAGGUGGGCAGGAUCCCCACCCCACCCCCAUUUUAAAGGAUCUUUAAAACAGCAUUUCCCAACCUUGGGCCUCCAGCUGUUUUUGGACUACAACUCCCAUAAUCCUCAGCUAGCAAGACCAGUGGUCAGGGAUGAUGGGAAUUGUAGUUCGAAAACAGCUGGAGGCCCAAGGUUGGGAAACACUGCUUUAAAGGAUGCAUUUCUUAGGAUCUACUUAGAUUGAGUUUUCUGCAUUGCGUUGGGUUGGACUAAGUGACCCUCGGGGUCCCUUCCAACUCUACAAUUCUGUGGUCCUGCUGCAUUUUUUCCCUUCCUUCCCCUUCUUUUCUUGGGUUGGUGGGAAUUUAAAAAGAGCCUCCCGGCUCUCCCAUCGCUUCCCUAUCAUGGAAACUCCAGAAAAUAUACAGGGCUAUCUGAGAAGACACAGGUGCUCUUUUUUAAUUGCACAAAAAAAAAAAGACUUGUGGGAGAUAUACAAACUUGUUGAGGCUUUUUCCUCAUUUUUGUAGGGAACAAAUGAACUGGCCAGGAGCACACCUUCAAGUAAAAUGCAUCUAUCACUUGUGUCAACAGUAUAAAAAUAAAAAAGUGUGUAAUGAGUUCAAAAAGAUGAGAGGUCAUUUGAAAAGUUUCCUUAUGGCAGAGAUGGUUCUGGGUGGAUCGCAUCAUUCCAGCUUUCACCAUCAAUGUUGUUUUGAAAUUCAAACUUUGUUAUUUAUUGCUAUUAGCAUAUUUCAUUGAACUUGUCUUCCUUUAAUGUAGUAUGUGCAAUGUGUUUUUUAAUUUGUAUUACAGGGCACCUUCACUGAAGUCCCUGCUAGCAAUAUUAGAAGAGUUAUUGCUCAGAGGCUAACAGAAUCUAAAACCACCAUACCUCAUGCAUAUGCAACUGCUGAUUGUGACCUUGGUGCUGUUAUGAAACUAAGGCAAGAGCUGGCAAAAGGUGAACUAUUACUAUUUAUAAAUUUUUGUUUCAUAUAAUAUGCUCCGUUUGCUGAUCUAUCCUGAUCUACUAUUUGGUCAGCAAUUCUGCAUACUUUGUCAUGGAUGGUUAGGAUUUAUAUAUUCAGCGACCCAGCUAAGCAUUGCUGGUAAUAAAUUAAACUAUCCUGCACGUGAAGGAAUGAAACUGUUCACUCCUUCGUGUUUUGUUUGCCUCUUAUAAAAUUGUUACUUUUUGCUGAGGUUCUCCUGCACAGGAAAUUUAAUUAGGGUUGUUACUGUGAUGUGUUAUGUGUUGUUGCUUUCCAUUUUACCGUUCUUCGGGAUUAUACAGUAAUUAAAAGUGGGUAAGAAGUGUUUUAAGUAAACAAACAAGCCUAGCAAUGUAGGGGAAACACACUCUUUCUAAUUAGCUUUGGAGUCAAGCGAGAAAAUAAGGUACAGUGGUACCUCGGGUUACAUAUGCUUCAGGUUACACACUCCACUAACCCAGAAAUAGUGCUUCAGGUUAAGAAUUUUGCUUCAGGAUAAGAACAGAAAUCGGGCUCCAGCGGCGCAGCAGCAGGAGGAGGCCCCAUUAGCUAAAGUGGUGCUUCAGGUUAAGAACAGUUUCAGGUUAAGAACAGACCUCCGGAACGAAUUAAGUACUUAACCCGAGGUACCACUGUAGUUGACUUGUUGCGUCAGAGCCAUGACAAUUGAAGAGAGGGAGAAGAAAGGGCUGGGGAAAAAGCACAGUUGGGCAUUGCAUCAGAGAGGCCAGAAAGGGACCUAGAAGCUGAACUGAGAGGUGCAAAUGUUGACUUAUUGACUUGGUUCAGGAAAUGGUCUAACUAGGUACAUAUUUCUCUAUUGAUUUGUUCUUAUGAGUAAUUACUCACUCUGUAAACCUAGGGUUUUCCCCCUAAAAUAAACAAAAACUGUUAACUUCUUGUCUCACUAAAACCUUAAUUGAAAGCAUGACAUGUUUUGGGGGGGAAAUUUUCUUGGGCCUUGUUUAUUCACCCCACACCUAAAUGUCAUACCACUCUCCUCAGUCCAGGGAGUAGGUUGGGCGGGUUAAAAGUCCAAGAGAUUAAAGGGCUGUUGAGUGGAGGCAGCCAGAAGAAAAAAGAUAUAUCCACUUGGGGGCAGUGAUGAAGCUAACAAAAAAGAAUGGUUGUUUUGGCAGGUUUGCUUGCCUCCUCUCCUUCUCACGGUCCAUGCUUUAGCCCGUGCCAUCACACUGCAAAUCACCAAAUUGAUUUAAGCAAUUUUGCUUUCCCCAUAUUUCCAUUUAAGCUGCCUUGAUUUCUUAAUUCUGUUUCGGCUGUAACGAUUUUCCGUUGAAAUUGAGAGUGCUGCCUCUCUAUUACUUAAUGCCUUAAACACAGAAUGAAAUUGCUUCCCUGAUUGGGGGUAAAAUUUAAAAUGCCCUGUUUAAAAAGGUAUUGGCGCUUCAAAAUUGCUGGUUCACUUUUUAUACAUAAAUUAAAACAUUUACAAAAUGAGUACAUGCUGUGGAAGAGGGAUGGGGAAAUUGCUGCUCUGUGGGCUGGAUGGGGUUCACAGUGCUCUGGCCCCAGGCUCGCUCACCCAUAAACCCACGCACCUCUCCAAUGCAAGGCUUUUUUGAAGCCUAAUUGCUGUGCUGGAGGGGAAAGGCUAGAAUGAGAGACUGAGAGCAUGAGCUAUCAGUGUUUGGAGCAGCCCAUCCACUCUCAGCUCUAGCCAUGCCCACUUUGACCAUGCCCACUUUUGAUUUCGCCCUGCCCACCACUGGCCAUGAGAGAAUUUGUUUCUUAUAAAAGGUGAAAAGCCAGAAUUAUCUGGGAGACAGCAGUAGGUGUUUUUUUUUGGGGGGGGGGGUUGUAUUUAAAAAUUUUCUCUAAGGAUACAGAUAGACUGAAACACCUUGUUAGACAAAUAUGCGCACGUGAACAACUGUCUGAAGCUGAAUGGGUCACAUUCGAUAAAGUGUAACAGACGAUGAGUACAACUGCUGAAGAUGGCAUGUGUGUGUGUGAGAGAGAGAGAGAGAGAGAGAGAGAGCGCGCAAGAGAGAGAGAGAGGUCAAGACAGAAAAAUAUUGUUGAACUAAGCAAUCUUUGUGCCCACUUAAUAGGAGUCCAGAUUGGGAAGAAUAUGUAAAAUAGGUAAAAUCUGAGGGAGAUAAAGGAUUAGUUUCUUGAGGAAGAUCUGCGAAUCUUUCACAAGGUUAGUUCCCAUGAAGAUGCUGUGUCUUAGGAGGCAUGACUUGAUCAAUUUCACCAGUCCUCAUCAUCAAGUGGAGGAGCCAGGCUCUGGUGAGUGAGAUGCACCUGAGAUUUCCUCCAGAUCUGGAGCUACAGUGCAGAUGGUGCUAUUUUUCUAGAAAAAGAGGAGCUGGAACUCACCAUGAAUGCCUCCCCUUGUUCUUUCAUAAUGGCAAUGGCGCCCACCUGAGAGGUGCCAGAAUUGAGUUCCAACUGGAAAAAAAGCCCUGGAGAAACCCACUCUUGCUCCAUACACAAAGCUUGGCAGGAGCCUGCAGAAGCAUAGCAAGGUUCUGCCUCUCAGUUCAGAACAGAAGGCAAGACAUGGGGGUUCCCUCAGCUUGGAGCAGCUGGCAGGUUUAGAAACAGAGCCAGCCUCUUCCUGUCCCUUCAGCUGAACAGUUGUGAGUUGCGGUUUGUUCCUCCGACCACUCCUUCCCAGCUGCAAAAAUUAGAGUGAAUUUUUUUUGGCGGCGGGGGGGGGCGUUCUUUUUAACAAUUUUGCGUAUUUUUAAUACUAUUUUACAUGAAGGAGACUUCAUUAUGUUCAGCGAUUAAUAUGUUAAAUGAUGAUAUUGAUGUAAAUAACACAGCAAGACAUUUUCCCUUGACCUCUGCAUUUCAGAGACCUAGCAUGAAACUUGAGAGGAAAGAGGCUCUCCCCUAUUCCUUCAUCCCUCUGCCAGCAGAGUCCCUCUGUGGAUGGUUUUCAUUGAGAUGACUCUUGGGACUGACUGAUGACUUCCCUAAAGCUUCUCUUAGAUCUCCCCAGGCUCAACUGGUUGUGCUCAGACACCCAGCAAGUACCUCUGAGCCUGGGAGGGGGAACAUCCUAAAAAGUGAGUUUCUCUGCCUGCCAUCUCCAAGGAGAAGUCUAUCACAGAAACAAUGAAUUUUGUGUAGGUGGAGAGAGAGGCAACUGCCCUCCGUUGGUCCUUCCCUGGGGGGACAUGCUCCUUUCAGGCAGGGAACAGAUUAGUUGGGGAGGGAAAGCAGACAAGAGGAACCCUGGUGGCUGAGGAGGAGGGUUGAGACCAGGAAAAUCCAAAAAAGAUUUUAUUCUCCAGAGUCUACAGAUAUUGCAUUAGGCUGCAGAAUGGCAGCAGAUUUUUGCUAGGCAUUCAGUCUCCCUUAAAAAGGGAAACUGAUAAUUUAGAUCAGUGCUGCUGACACUGUUGUACAAAAGACUUUAAACCAGAAAUGCUAAAUAGUACACAUGAUAGCACAUGAUAGCAAAGGCUAUAUUUGUGUCUAAUAAUUAGCUCAGUUUCAUAAAUGUAGACAGCUUGGGUGGUGGGAGAGAAGACAGCCUAGUAGAAAGUGUAGCAAAAGGAAACUUCCAAAGUGAGCCUAGCACAAAGGAGAUAAAAGGUAUUCAGAAGCAGUCUGAUGUCUUUCAUAUAAUGAAUAUGCAGUGACUAUACUUGGGGGGGCGGGAUUCCUUGACUCUCCUAAUUCAAAAUUACGUGUUCAAGAUAUGCAGUCCAUCUGAUGACGGUCCAUUUGUGCUCCAAAACCUGGUGCAUUUUAAUGGAACAAAAUUUGUCGUUGCACCACUUUACAGUCUUCUGAACCUUAGCUGUAGUUUGGUAAUCGGCUUCUCUUUCGUGUGUGUGUGUGUGUGUGUGUGUGUGUGUGUGUUGCAAUCUAGCAUUUAGCACUGAUCAUUCUUAAAUUGGUUUUGAUGGCCAACAGGGUCACCUGGAUGUCAUGCCACAGGCAAAGGAUUUUGAUUUAAUGGAAGCUUUGCUUCUGCAAAGAGUUAAACUGCUUUGAUACGGCCAUAUUCCCAACUGCAACAAGAAUCCACAAGUUCCACUGUAAGCUUCCUCACAUGAAUGGCUUUGCCUUUUGGCUGAAGCAUUUCAAGGUUACCUUUUUAAUUAGCAGCCUUGGACGAUGUGAAGGCCAAAAGUCUUCCAUUAGAAUUCUAAACAGGUACGGUUUAUUCAUAUGGUGAUUCUGGUUUUCCAAUAUAAAACUAUUGAAGUUUGUGUUUUGUUUUUGAGCUCCCUUAAUUAGACGCUUGACAGCAUUACAAUUGGGGGAAGGGAAAAAGAGAUUUCCAGCUUUCAGGUCUCUAGCAAGAGAUUUCUGUGGCUUAAAUAAGAACAUUGCAUGGUAUUUAUAUUAUUUUUUCUUACUGCUAGGGUUCUUUGUUAGGACAAAUAGGAAAAAUGAUUAUGCAGCUUGAGACAGGCAUGGGGUCAGUGGAAAAAUAAGGUCAAUAUGAAUUGGUGGUAACAUUCUUCUAUGGUUCUGCAAAUUCUCUCCUCCCAUCCCCAAAUAUAUGGGGGGUUAAGUUCAUAGUAAUUUUGUCUGGUUUGAGCCUUCCUCAGCUAUAUUUUUGUAGAACAACUGUGUGUCCCUUUUCUGUUGUUUGUUUAAAGGCUAUCUUCCUAUUUAUUUUCUACACUGCUCUCAGAAAAAUAUAUUUUUUGCUCCACAUUAUUGAUUUAAACAAACUGCUCCUCUCAAAACAAAGAAGGCCAGAUACAUUUUGAAACAUGUUUUAACAAUCUAACCCUGUGCAUGUCAGCUUGUUUUGAGUUCAGUAGGACUUAAUUCCAAGCAAGGUUAGUGUGUAUAUAGGAUUGCAACCUAAGACAUAAUAAAGUUCACUGUAACCUAAUGAAGGAUUUUCUACCACAGUUCUGUUGGCUGCUGGUAUAUAUAACAGUGUUGUGGUGCUAACUGCAGUCUGCGUUCUUUUAUAUAUAUGUAUAUAUCUUUGGAAUUUUGAAUAUUAAUCCUGAGUUUGUGCAGAUCUAAUAGAAUUCAGAUACCCAUUUUUAUUAAACUUUCUAAGCAGACCUAAAUAGAACCUGAACCAAUGAAGGAACUGCCCUGUGGUAUCCAAACCAGAAAGGACAAGGGCAGGUUAUCGGGGACGAUUUGUUUGUUUUUACCUUUAUCAAAUACGUUAGAAUUUUCAGCUAUGCAACAGAGUUUCUACCUGUUUUACUUCUAUUGUUAAAGCAAUUUCAUGAUUUGCCAGUGCCUUCAUCUCAGUAAUCUGAACAGGACAAGUCCCCAAGGGACAUCACACAAUGACAUGUUUUGCUUUUACAGUUGAACAGAUAUGCAAGAUAAUUCUUUUGAUUAUUCCAUUUCAUGCAUCAUAGAAUAUCAGACUGAACAAUGAGAUUUCUAUUUUCUGUGUUUUUCUCAUUUGGUUGUAUUUUUAGACAUACAGUAGAACUUUGCAUCACAGUAAACCAGUGUGUAAUACAGUGGUAUCUCGAGUUACAUAUGCUUCAGGUUACAGACUCCGCUAACCCAGAAAUAUUACCUCGGGUUAAGAACUUUGCUUCAGGAUGAGAACAGAAAUCAUGUUCCAGUGGUGUGGCAGCAGCAGGAGGCCCCAUUAGCUAAAGUGGUGCUUCAGGUUAAGAACAGCUUCAGGUUAAGAACGGACCUCCGAAACGAAUUAAGUACUUAACCCGAGGUACCACUGUACUUACACAUUGCUGUCAUUCACUGGUCUGUGUGUAUGUGUGAUAAAAUUAUGGAUAAUACUUUGUGCUGGUAUUGUUACCACAAAUGUUUGACUUCAGGUUAGCAAAUCUGCGCAUGACAUUAUUCCUCUGCAUGACAUUAUUCCUUCAAUUAAAUAUAAUUAUUAACCUGUUUCGUUCUUUUAUGCCUUUCCAAAAAAUAGUUGCACGUCAACUGUGUUUUGGUUGGUAGGUAGGUAUAUGAAAUCAUUUAUGUGCUAUGAGCUGUAUUCAGCUAAAUUGUUGCACUAGCAAAUGCCAGCAAAAGGAUUCCUGCUAGUACAACAGGACUUGCCUCAGUCUCCUCACCCCUUAUGCAUUCUACACCAUGCUCAAAUCUUCUCCAUGCUCAAACCCCAGAACAGAUUUAAGGGACACACGGUGGGUGGGGGGAGAGAGAGCAGGAGAAGGUUCCAUCACACAAGAAAAAUCCUUGCCCUUAAUGGAACCUUAGCCUUAGCUCAACAUCGUAUACUACCCUCUAUGUUGUAUAGAACCCUUACCACUUUCAUCCAGAAUGUUGUUAUACCUUAAGAGCUAUAUUUUUUGACUAAAACAUAUAAUGAAUAUAUCACUUUGGGUUCUUUCCAAUGCUGUGCCAUCCCAUUUGCACAACAGACUUCCACUUGGGCAACUGAACUUCCUCCUACUCCUUUCUUCUCCCUUGUAGCCCUUCACCCUCCCUCAACAUCUGCUCUAGAGACAUAUUUGGGGGGCACAUAAGGAAAUGAAGGGUAGUCCCAUUGUGUAAAUAGAGCUCCACAUACACAGUGUUGGGUACAACCCUUAAUAUUUAAAAAUGCUUUCCAAAACUACCUGCAUUGAUGAAGUAACCUUUAAGCCUUUAGCUUACUGGUUUAAUAUCAUGUUUAUUUUUAACUUGAUUACAGUAAAUGAUUACAGAAAGCUUGAUAUAACAGCAGUAUUUAUUCUGAAUGACUGGCAUCUUUCCCCCAUUUUCGAGUUCAGCACUACUCUUGUAUUCCACGUUACGUGGUCAAUGAACAUUUCAUUUCAGUGAGUCAGUUGGAAACCUUGCCUGCUCGACUUGGAUGUACAGCUCUAGUUACCAUCUUUUUGAUUGUAUAAUCCAGUGCACUGAAUAAGGGCUCCUUCACAUACACCCAGCUACGUGGAAACACCUUUUCCCAUGAUAUUGCUUGCUGCCGCUGGAGACCAUGUGUGAAUACCAAAACAACAUGGGCAGGACCGAACCUCUGGGUCUUUUGCACAUACUCCUGCCCUGGCAGAAUACUGAUUGAGUGCAAAAUGCUCCUUCAGUUGACCCAACUUAUGUGGCUGCAGUAUUCUUGCAAGCUUCCCUGUGUGAAAAGAAGAGCUGUACUUCUUGUGUGAAAAGAUAAUAACAUCACCUAUCUUGACACCGACUUUGGUAUUGUGAGCAGUUUGAGGUUUAAAUGCUAAUACUGUCAAUCCCAAUAAAGAUGCUGCCUAGCUCAGGGAUGAGGAUGAAGAGAUGAUAGUAGAGUGGAGAUGAGGAAAUUCCAGCUGUACUUCUGCAAAGGCAUCUUGGCCAUCAUUGCAAAUCUCUACAUAUUUUGUCUUGAAUAAGCCUUCCCCCCUUUCUCCUUCAUAGGUGGACCAGAGUAGAGGUGUUUUGGUGACUAGUGGUUUUCCAUCUCCUGUCUUGUUCUCCAUUUUCCCCUUGUAUUUACAUCUCUUAAAAAGGCAUCCAGAUUUCUGGGUUGGUCUUGUUUGUUCUUUGCUGUUAUCUGCAAAAGAAUGGGAGAAAAGAAAACAUUAUUAUUGUGGAAUGCAUUUUUUUUAAAAAAAGACUUUCCAUUCUGGUAGACUCUAGAGGAUGCAAGUAUUCUGCUUUAUAUACUCUCAGUUAAUAGCAUAUCAUUUCUAAAUCGCUGUUUUCCUAUAGCAACAGCAGAAAUGUGUUUUGAGUUUCAGAUUUAUGGUACUAUAAAAACACCCCUGCUAUGAAGAUAAAUAAUUAGAACUGUUUUUGACUACAUGAUUUUCUAAGAGAUCAUUCUGUUCUUCUGCUAAUGACUAGUAUAUUAAUUGUACAAAUUGGGGCAGGUGGACUGUUUAUCUUGAAACUAUGUAUUUUAAUUUCUUGCUCUCUUUUAUACAGAUGAUAUUAAAGUGUCAGUGAAUGACUUUAUUAUCAAAGCAACAGCAGUUACCCUGAAAGUAAGUAACCAUUCUUUAAUUAUAGUUGUAGAUUUUCUGUGUUCAAUAAUGGUAAGUGCUGUGUUGAGUUAGGCUUAACUAAAGGUUUGGUGCCUUGGAAGUGAGCUCAAAAUCAGUUUCCCCUUUCUCUGUUCUUCUGGAAUAUCUGCUAGCCUCAGAAGUAGUUUCUUAGUCACCAUUCAGAUAGACAUUCUCUUAAUGGUGAGAUUACAGCUUCUGUGUUGUUGCCAUACCAGAGACCAUCUAGAGCAUCCCUCAAACUGGUACCUUUCAUAUGUUUUAGACUACAGCUCCUAUCCGUCCCAGCCAAUUUGGCUAGUGGCCUUGCUUCCAGGUGGGGGAAGGCUGAUCUAAAUUCUUCUACAAACAUGGACUACUAUUGUUUCAAGGUUAUCCAGUCUUCGGAUUAAGAUCAUCUUUAAACCUUUGUUACCAAUUAGACAGCACUACUGGGAGCAAACUCGUAGAAUUUAAGCACAUCUUGCCUUGAAUAUGGUUUGGUAUGGCAACUAGUACAGGUGCCUGCACUACUAUUAAUAACAAAAUGGGACAGAUUCCCACUCACCAUUCAGAUCUUCUUCUGACCAACAGCACCUCUGUCUGAUCUGGAUUAACCCUCAUUAUCUUAGCCCACGUCCAAUUCAUCAUUGUAUCUGGUUGUGAAUGAAUAAAUGCAACCCCACCACCUGCAACUGCCAAAAAAAGUACCAUAUGUUUGAACAUAGGUUUAUGUUUACAUAGCAGCAUAAAAUGCAAAAUUUUCUUACUGCCCUGUUUUUCAGUUCUAGCACUAUGCAAAGCAAAUCCUGUGUGGACUGCUAUCUUGGAUAGGAUUUGAGAGUGUCAUCUUCAAUUAAAAUUAUGUUCCUCAUAUGUGGGCAUCUUCUUCCUUAAGAGGAAGCUAAAAUAUUUCCCCAUUAUUCUGGGAUUUCUAGUUCACUUGAUCUUUAUCAGCUCACUGAAUUUGUAAGAAAGAUGUGCUAGUUUUAUUUGGCCUUCAUGCAGAAAGCAUUGUCAGUGAAGGCGCCUUUCUGUUGAAUAUUUGUGAGUAUCUUUUUCAACUCACAAGCUGUCCAGCACACUCCUCUGCAUGCUCCACUCUGCGCAGCGUUGUUAAGCCUUUUGAGGAGACAGUCGCUGAUGCAGUAAACUCACUUCACACCCACGAUUCAGGCAGUAAGUUGUAAUGCUGGUUUACAGCUUAAUGGUUCAGUACAUCAGUAGGGGAGCAGGUGGUGUUGUGGUCUAAACCACUGAGCCUCUUGGGCUUGCCGAUUGGAAGAUUGGCGGUUCGAAUCCCCAUGAGGGGGUGAGCUCCCGUUGCUCUGUCUCAGCUUCUGCCAACCUAGCAGUUCGAAAGCACACCAGUGCAAGUAGAUAAAUAGGUGGCGGGAAGGUAAACAAUGUUUCCGUGCUCUCUGGCUUCCGUCACAGUGUUCCAUUGUGCCAGAAGCGGUUUAGUCAUGCUGACUACAUGACCCGGAAAGCUGUCUGUGGACAAACGCAGGCUCCCUCGGCCUGAAGCGAGAUGAGCGCCACACCCCAUAGUCACCUUUGACAGGACUUAACCGUCCAAAAGUCCUUUACCUUUUUACCUUUUUUACAUCAUUAGCCCAUAAAUCAGUCACUAGCAUGAUGUUAGUACGGUUCACAUCUGGAGAUGGUUUUCUUCCUCCCUACAGGGAGAAGAACAGAGCUCUUUCUCUCUGUCUCUUAUCUAGGCCCAAAGGCACAUUGCUCAUGCUUCUGACCUUGAAGCCACCUGCUUCUAGAUUGUUUACAUUACACUGUGCAGAUAAGGAAUGACUACUAGUUUCAGUUUCACAUAUGCCAGCACUUUCUUCCUAGGUUUAAUAUGGAAAGAAAACUGAGCUUGAUCUUCUUUUACUUUUUUGUCUUUUAACUGAAAAUAAACCCUUGCCUGAUAUUCCUUUUUGGCCCAGCACUGGCUUGUUGGUUUGUUUAUUUGGUAUUAUUUUUUUCUAGCUUGAGUACUGCUAGUAUAGGUAAAGAGGUUAAUAUGCAGGCUUAUGGUAUUUUAUACUUCAGUAAACUUUUCUAUCCUUAAAAGGUCAUAUAGUUAUUAGCGAUGACCAAUUAGCAUCUGUCAAAAAGCAGGUCUCCCAUGCUCUACUAGUUGCAGCCUUUUAAACUCUUCAACAGCAGCCCUACAGAGGAUGCCCUGCAGUAAUCCAAAUGAGACUUUGCUGAGGGCUGCAGUGUGCUAGCCAAGUCCAGAUCCUCUGAGACAGAGCAGCUCAUGGUAGAAAGCAUUACUGGCUUCCUUUUUUAUCCAGGUGCUAAACUGGAUCAAAAAUAUUCCUCAACUGGAAACUUUAUCCGUCAGCACUGUCUAGAACAGCCAAACACCUGUCUUCCAGUUGAACCAAUUAUCAGCAUCCUUGCCUGGAUCCCCCUCAGACCUGGCGCCAGGCAAGACAUCUACCAAUAGCCUGCUUUAUCCAAAUUUAGUUUCAGUUUCUUAGCCCAUGACAUUGAGAGAUCUUUUUGUCAUUAACUGAGUCUUCCUUUCAUCCAGGGAAGUAGAAAAUAAGCUAAUUGAUGUUGAUGAUGGGGCUGACCUUUAAAACCCUAAACAGCCUCGGUCCUGUAUACCUGAAGGAGCGUCUCCACCCCCAUCGUUCAGCUUGGACACUGAGGUCCAGCACCAAGGGCCUUCUGGCAGUUCCCUCCCUGCAAGAAGUGAGGUUACAGGGAAGCAGGCAGAGGGCCUUCUCAGUAGUGGCCCCCGCCCUGUGGAACGCCCUCCCAUCAGAUGUCAAGGAAAUAAACAACUAUAUGACAAUUAGAAGACAUCUGAAGGCAGCCCUGUUCAGGGAAGUUUUUAAUGACUGAUGUUUUAAUGUAUUUUUAACCUUCAGUUGGAAGCCUCCCGGAGUGGCUAGGGAAACCCAGCCAGAUGGCGGGGUAGAAAUAAUUUAUUAUUAUUAUUAUUAUUAUUAUUAUUAUUAUUAUUAUUAAAUGUUCCAACUUCAAUCCUAGGAGACUUUUCAAAGGGUCGUGUUCCACUUCCACUUCUUUCAAGCGAGUUUCCAUAUGUGUGGUGACUUGUGUCUGAAAAGGGAAACUUGCAAAUGGCAGCUACUGGGGAUACAUAUAAACAUUACCUGAGGCAGGAAUGAGCAGGCUUUAGGCUUGGGGAAUCUACCUUGUGUUUUACUAGAAGCCCCAGAUCCUUCAACCAGAGCCUAGAAUUGAAUUAUCCUGAGUUCAGGCAUUUGAAUAUCAGAAUUCAACGGAGCUCAUAUUCCUUCCACGUACAUAAAAUCCGCUGUUGGUGGGGAAAAUAUUUUUGAUUUGCUCUUGUUAAACAAUUAGGAAGUAGAAAUCCUUUCCAAUCUACUGCUUUAGGCACACAUAUGUCUUGCUCAGUCCAUUUGUGUGACCAGCAUUGGGAAAAUUUCACAAGUAGAAUUCAACAUGUACAGGUUUUAAAUAAAUUAGUUACAUUAGCUUGAUGGAAGCCAUGAAUAUGGGAACAUGAGUAGGGGGGAAAUGAGAACAUUCUCAUACAAAAUAUCCAUUUGUAUCCAACGCAAAAAAACAACCCUCAAUCUAAUUUUAAAAUGUGAAAUUUAAUUCUGACAUUAACAAGUUUCAAAUUAGUCAAAUUUUGUUUUACAUUUAGAGCAGAUGCUGCUAACAAGGAUAUGUCGAUGUGAGUUUUUCUUCUUUUUAACAUUGAACUUGUAUAUUCUCCUAUGAAUCAAGUGGCAACAGAAAAUCCAUAUGUACUUCCUUAUGAUUGGGGCAGCAGUCACAAUUCUUGUUUCCAAGGCAUCUGCAAGUUGAGGGUUGAUAUCCGAUGGGAUUGGAGUCUGUUAAUAAUUCACUAGCAGUUCAGAAACCGUGUAUUUCUUGGCUGCCUGCAGCUGUGCAAUUUCCAGUAUCCUGUACAUUCAUGCCUUGUGACAAAGUAGGUAUACAUGGAUGCUAGCUAAUAAGAUAGGUCUAUUUUUAGACUCACAUGGCAGAUCUUUUGUUAUUCUUAACCUUGCCUUGCUUAAGGCAAACCUUUCCACAUAUGUGAAUUCCUCCAUCACCACACAUUCUAAAGGAUGUUCCUUUUCCUUGGUAAUUGGUUAUGCCAUUAUUCUUUUAACAGCUGCGCCUCCCUCUGUUUCCUUCUUCCAGCAAAUGCCAGAUGUGAAUGUGACCUGGGAUGGAGAGGGCCCCCGGCAGCAGCAAUCUAUAGACAUCUCUAUCGCUGUGGCAACAGACCGAGGUCUCAUUACACCAAUCAUAAAAGAUGCUGCAGCCAAGGGAGUUCAGGAGAUUGCAGCUUCUGCAAAGGUAGGUAUUCCACAUACAUGGUGGUAAUCUUUCGGAGCAUAAUGGCAUUUAGAUGUGCAACCAAAGACAUAGUGUACCUCGGAAAAAACACACUGCUUUAAAGCUGCUUCUAUGUUGGAUAUGAGACAUCUGUGAUGAUGUCCCAUUCCACAGGAAUUACUGUGUUUUGCUUUUGGCAGGCAUUCAGGGAUUUUAAGUGAAAUUAAAAUCAACAAAUACAUUUUGUUUCUGGCCUACAUUUAUUUAAAGUUCCCCAGAGGGAGGCUAAUUUUGAGUUCUUUUGUGGAAGUUGGGGACUGCACAUGCUGUUCCUUUCUUCUUGCGGUAGGCCAUCAUUAUUAAUCCCAUUCUGCAUAGAGGAGCCUGAUGCUCUGAGAUCGAGUCUCGCCUAGGCCAUCCUAGUGAGUUCAUCAGAAUAGUGAAAUUUGUAUCGUACUCUUUAUGAUUUGCCUUUCAGUCUUUUAGCCACUGUGCUGCACCAGCUUCACAAAAGCUGGCAGUAUGGAAAAUGGAGGCUUUCUUAAGAUUAUUUAGAAUUGCCAUGGAGGCCAUUAAAACCCUAGCUAGUGCACUAGAAUCCACCUCAGUAUGGAUGUUGAAAUCACCCAGAACUAUUGUUCUGGACUCCUCCAACACCAUUCCGCAAAUAAGUUUUCAUUACCCUUUGAGAGAGAGGUUUAGAUGUUUGUGUAUUUUAGAAAAAAACCAAUAGGCAAAAUAUCCUUGAUCCUUGCCCACAUUUAGGCCUGUCCUCAACUCUUUGCUUAUUGAAGUAUUAUAAACCACAACAAUGGAAUGAUUUGGAAGAUUAUAUUUUGCCAUUAAUCACCAUGGGGUUGUAAGUAAUAAUUCAAAAAUCAAUUAGAAAGAAGAGUGUGCUUUUCUUUAUCUUCCUGCUUGCCAGUUGUAGUAACUGUUACAGUAAUUCUGAAAGGAUGAUCAAUGAAGGCAAUUUCAUCAGAGAUGCAUUUAAAUUUCAAUGGAAACAUACAUUUUUAUCUCAAGCAGUAAGCAACUAGGCAAUGCAAUAUAGGCCAAGUAUAGUCAUCCAUAUCUCGGUUCAGUAACCAAGACUGCAAUCCUAACCCCACUUAUCUGGAAGUCCAAUACAAUUUAAGAAGUGGAAGAACAGACCCAGAGAAACCUAUGUGUAUCUGUAGUGUUCCUUUUGUUUUUGUGUUUUUGCUGAAAGCAAUGUAGACCAUUUCAUUUUGUUGAUCUUUACUCCUUAGCUUCCUGCCACGGGGUUGUGCGAUUUUACUUUGCUUUUUCUUUGAUAAAUGUUUGAUAGUGUUGUACUCAUCUGUAAAACUUUAUGCAUGUCAUCUUAAUUCACAAAGAAUAUUCUAGUUCUACAAAGAGCCACUGGAGCAUAAUCUUAAAUGAAACUAUUGCAGAUUUCUCCUCCUGUGUUUAUGCAAAACCUAACAACUUGUCUAUCAUAACUCUAAUGUGCAGCAGGAAGUAGGCAUCCAUAGUAAGAGGUAUUAAUCUACAAGUAUCUACUAGGCCAAUAUAUUUCCAUAAAGAUAAUGGAUGGAUUUCGGAAAUCUGAGACUUCCAUCUAUAACAAUAAGCUUUGCUAUUAAUAUCUUCAGCAGAAUUCCAAUCCCAUCUUAAGACUACUGGGGCAUUCUUUACUGCCAGAUAUUUUCAAAUAAAAGGUGCAUUACCAGCACUGUAGUAAUAAACACUUGUCAAGAUUAAUAUUUUUGCUUUGAACAUAAGCAUGUAUUAUCCCUCUCAGUAUUGUCAUGACCUGAAUAUAUUGAAGGGCUAGGUCUGGUCAGUAGAACUGUCCCCUAAUGCACUGGGAUUCUUAUAACAGAUGUAACAUUGCUUUGGCAUAGCUGAGCACAGUAUUGGACUGCAAGGACUUACAUAUAUCACUGUGAAUUGAGUUUACGGUGUUAUCUUUAUCACAGCUGAGCUGAAUAUUCCUCAAUUUUAAUUUUCUAUAAUUUCUUCCUGUCUCUCUGGCAACCUCUUGGAUACCUUUUAUUUCAUUCUGCUUUAGUAAACUGAGAUAGAUUAUGUAAGUGGUCUAAGUGAUCUUAGAAUCUCUGCAUGCAUUGAUGUUUUAUAUUGAAAUUGCUGUGGCCAUGGUGGCAAGACAGUAAAAACAAAUAUUUCCCAUAAUUGUGGGGAAUUUUCAGUGACACAUGUCUUUCAAAUGCAUUUGUUGCACCAUUACUUUUUAACUGCUAUAAAUCUGAAAUAUUGAAAUUUCCGUUCCAAUUGUAUAUUGUCCGUAUCUUGUUUCUGAAAAAUGCACUUUCAGACAGUGAUGUCAUGUGUAGAUAUCUCAUGCAUCCAAAUAUGUCAUAUGAAAUCAUAGGAAAUGGUAAUUUUUCACGAGUCUUGUUGCCUCCUAGAAGGAAUGAUUUGACACUUUGUUAGCUCCACCCAUCAGCUGUGAAUCAUAUAACAGGACUUACAUUUUCCUCUCAUUUUUGGUUGGAAAACAGUUGGGUGAAAUUUCCUGUCAGCAUUAGAAUUAAUGGCUACUUACAGUGAGAUCAGACUAUUUCAUCUAUAGGUUGUAGGCAAAGCAGUGCUGACAGUUGAAUAACUAACACAAGCUACGCAUAACAGAAAAUGUUGUCUGAGACUAUUCUAAAGCUAAUUGAGGGAUCACCACAGAAAUUUCUCUGCUACCCCCUGUAUAUUCCUACUUUGGAAGCCUAUUCCCAGAAGAUACAAAUUUAAGAGUUUUGCCAACACAAGUUACAGCAUCUGCUUGAAUUUAUUGAUAUUAAUUAAACUGAACUAUUUAUACAAGCAAAAUACGUUUAAGAGCAUAUUUAUUUUACAAAUACAAUUAACUUUGCUAAAAGAUAUUCUUAAAUUACUAACAUAUGUUUGGAUUUGAUUUCCAUAGGCUCUAGCAAAGAAAGCAAGAGAUGGAAAAUUGCUACCAGAAGAAUACCAAGGAGGAUCUUUUAGGUAUUUCAAAUGUAUUUUAAUUGCUAAAAAUUUAGUAGCGUGGAAUGAAGUUGUACUCUUGAAUACUUGUGUUCCAGAAUAUUGUUAGUCUGUAAGUGAAGCACUAAACUUGGUUUAUCUAGCUUUUUGUAAUCUUAGACUGUGUUCAGAUGUACCUACAAAUAGCACAUCUGGCGUACUGCAUGAGCUUAGCUUCCAUACAGUUUAACUCCUCUCAUAACAUUCAUAUUUGUUCAGAAUGCAAUGCUGAUUUUCAUUUCACCCUCACUCCAUGCUGCGGGAAGCACGACUGGCAGCAGCUCUUCCAAGUUUCACACGGGGGACACUCCCAGGCCUACCUGGAGAUGCUGAGAUUUGAAACUGGGAUUUCCUGAAUUCAAAGCAGAUAUUCUGCCACUGAGCUGCAUCCCUUCCCCUUAGCAGCAUAGAGUAUACAGAGAGAGCAGUGCAAUUCCACUGACUCAAAAAUAUUAAGUAUAAUCCAGUCUCUAGUCAUGUGGCUGGUCAUGGACAGUAUUGCACUAUAAAUAUGUUGUUUUUCCUAGACUCUGGAUAAUGGUUCCUAUGGAUGUCUUUAAAAUUAUACAUAACAUGUCAGAGGAGUAAUCUCUAUAGAAUUGUUUCUUGAAUGCAAACUUCUAGCUUAAUUAUGAACAACUGGUGACUCCCAAUAAUGUUUAGGAUGCACUAGUAAUAAAGAUACCAGCUAAUACACCUUUUUAAUUGGGAUAUGGUUCUGUAAAACACAGCACCUUUUCUUAUGAGGGGUUUUCAGAUUAGAAAAUUCUUCCUUGAACGUAAACAGGUAUUUCAUUAAAACUGUUUAAAGGCUAAUGGGGACAUAGCAGAGCAAGAAUAUAGACCCUUGUUGGCAGGGAAAGCUUCAAUGUUGAGAGAUGUUUCACAUAAAUUUAAGAAUUUUAUCAUAUCUAAAUGAGUGUCCUAGAGUUGGCCAGGAGGAAUGUCCGUUGUUAGCUUAUUCCCAUGUUGAAUAGUGCAAUAGAGUGAGUUUAAUAUUUAAUUUUUUAAAAAAUUGUGGGGUGGGGGUUGGUGUAGCAUGCUGUGUAAAGGGUUUCAGAACGCCAGGAAAUUACAGCUGUUGAGGCCACAGCCUUAACUGAUGCAUUAUUGAGGCAAUAUUGAUACGCCAUGGUAUCCUAUGCUGUGAUUAAUUUCACCUUGGAUGCUUGACCCCAGCUUCCAAUCUCUUGGCCUAUCUGCACUUUGAAUUCUGUAAGGCUGAAACCUAUUCUGUAACAGUCUUGCCUAGCAACAGCAGACUUCUCUACUUCCAGAGGCUAAGACUGGCCAGAAUGAAGUUGUGUAUAUGAUGCUGAGCAAAGAUGAUAACCUAAAAAGAGCCUUCUGUUUAGAUGGGCCUUCAGGGGUAAAUGCUGAUUUCCUGUUGGCUUCCAUUUCCUUUUCUUGUUUUCUCUUCUGAAGAUCUUUGUGAGAAAUCCUAGACGGUAGGAAUAUUGGGUGCAUGGAAACCCCAUUACAGCUGCUUGGUACAAAGGAUACACUUUAUUAUAAUUUCCAGGACCAUCCCAUGUUCUACAAAAUUGUGAAAGGAAAUGGCAAUGACAGUGUUUCCCACCCCUGCCCCCCACUAGAAUUGUCAUGUUCAAUUUAUGGCAGGGAAGAGUCUUCUUAUUUAGCAGGGAGAAGUUGUUGUUAAAUCAAAGUUACUGAAUACCUGCAUAGGCAGCCAGGAAACCUUUUUCUCACUUUACCAGAUGUUCCUAGCAUUACUUCCAUUGCUGUGUAGCAGCUAAGGUUGCUUUCUCUACUCUUGGAUUCAUUCUGACAUUACCUCAGCUGAAGAGACAGGAUAAAUCACACUGUAGCCAAUGUGUUUUUAAGAAUCUAUUGCUAUGUUUCUCAUAAAGCUAGUAAGCCAAAGAAGGUACAGUGGUGCCUCGCAAGACGAAAAGAAUCCGUUCUGGGAGUCUCUUCGUCUAGCGGUUUUUUCGUCUUGCGAAGCAAGCCCAUUGAUGGGAUUAGCGGAUUAGCGCUAUUAGCGGCUUUUAGCGGCUUUUAGCAGCUUAUCAGCUUAUCGGAUAAGCAGAUAAGCGGCUUAGCGACUUAGAAAAAGAGGGGGGAAAGGAAAAAAACAACCCAGGAACUCGCAAGACAUUUUCGUCUUGCGAAGCAAGCCCAUAGCAGAUUCGUUUUGCGAGGCACCUCCAAAACGGAAAACUCUUUCGUCUAGCGAGUUUUCCGUCUUGCGAGGCAUUCGUCUUGCGGGGCACCACUGUAGUUACAUCCUAGAGUCUUAAAUAUUCUGAAUUUGCAGUAGUUAAUAGUGAUGAACGGGUUCAAAGUCUGGCUGGAAAUUGAUUGGUUGUAUUAUUUUCUGCAUCCAUGCCUAUUCCAGAAUCUAUAUAAGAGACUCUUAUGCCGUAGGACAAAGCUUUCCUCCAAAAGUCCACUAUCACGACUCCAUGGCCUAUUUUCAGCUAACAGUGCAACCCUACACAUUUCUGCUCCAAAGUACUCCCCACUGAGUUAGCUGAAUUUAAACCAGCCCCAGCACACGUCUGCCGUCUCAGCCAGUGGUGACAAAUGAGAGAAAGAGGUGUGUGGUGCCAAAUGAUGAGAUGGGAAAAGCCUGAGGGGGUGUGACUCUCUGUAUAUAGGUUGCAGACUGAAGUCAACAACAAAAAACACGAAAAACUGUUAUUUAAAUUUGACUCAGUAUUGAUCCAGAGUAUAUUCCAAUGUAUAGUUAGCAAAGUAACAACUUAAACAUGUUGCAGGAUUCCCAGAAAAUAGACCAAAGGCAAUUGUAUUUCAUCCAGCAGAGCUUUGCUGCUACUAAAGGCAAAUAAGCAUAAUGGUCACAGAUCCAAUACAUUCAGGAUUGGCAAUGUCCAUAAGAAACCCAGUUGCAGCAGAUUUAAACUUACAGUAACUUAAUUAGUCUAAAACUUUAACACUAAGUAUACUAUGUACAGAACACCACACCAGAAGGAAAAGAGAUAGAAAGAGAAAGUGAAACUCGGGCUCCUUCUGGCCUUCCUUUUAUUGUCAGCAUGACCUUGACUGAAGAGAUAAGACAACCAGUUUAAGCCAGCUGUACUCAGCUUCUCUGAAGGUAUAACCCAAACAUCAUGAACCUUCUUUCACACAGAGAAGCUUCCAGAACCCUCUUGAAUUAAGUAGAAUAGGAAAGAUCUCUACACAUCAGAUCAAUACUUUCCGCACUAAGAAAUGCAGACUGACAAAAACAACCCCAAGUAGUCUCCUUUUAGUUUGUCACAUACUCACAAAAUCAAACUUAUACUGAUACUAAAGUUAUAUGAAUAUAGGGAAAUGGUGUAUUUCUUUGUGUGUGGUUUUUAUUCAUCCUUAUUCUUUAUUCUAAACCUUUGGUUUUAAUUCAUUAAGUUAAAUUUCUAACUCCAUAUGUUUAUGGCAGUACAUAUACUUUUUCCUGUGUCUAAAUGAAUCCUUAGUAAUUUCCUAAAUAUGUUUUCAAAGUGCCUUCUUCAUACUUAUCCUUCCCCCCAAUAUUUGUUUGUCUGACUUCUUUUUCCCUUCCACCAAUAGCAUUUCAAAUCUAGGCAUGUUUGGCAUCAGUAGCUUCAUUGCUGUCAUAAACCCUCCCCAAGCCUGUAUAUUAGCUGUGGGGCGAACUCGGACUGAACUCGCAGUUGCGGUGGAUGACGAAGGGAAUGAGAAGCUUCAGCAGCAUCAGUUGAUGACAGUAACGCUAUCAAGUGAUGGCCGAGUAGUAGACGAUGAACUAGCUUCACAAUUUCUGGAGAGACUUAAAAGCAAUCUGGAGAAUCCAGUUCGCCUUGCCUUGAGCUAAAAUGGUCAAGAUUUGGUCCUCUGCUUGGCAAUAUAGGGGAUUGAACUGCAAAAGGAGAUGAAAGAAAACCAGGUACAAAAGAUAGGAAGAUAAAUGCUUAGUGAGACAUGGACAAUUAAACAGCUUAUUUAUUUGAACUGACUUGAAACACUUUCAAAGAUUUCCAGAUCUUGGUUUUUAUAUGCUAAAUACUGUUAUUGAACAUGCUGAAUUUAAAAACUGUUUAAGCAAUUGCACAACAGGGUGGCUAUAUCAGAUGCGGAUAUCUUCAAUAUGCCUGAAUGCAUAGAUCUGGUUGAAAAGUAGUAAAAGAGAACAAAACCAUCCUUUCUUUCAUUUUUUUUUCAGACUGAAAAAAGUUGAAAGCAUUUUCAAAUACCAUUUUCAGUCUAGCAGAUUGUCUGUGUCAGUUAUGCAGCUGUUUAAUAGAGAAAGAGAGUGUUCCCAUUAAAACUAGGAUUCAUCCAUGUGAACCUGGACUUUUUGUUGGGAAUUCUUUGUAUUGGUUCUCUGCUUACUGUAUAUGUAAUGGUAUGAUAGUUUUGAGACGUUAAGAGUAAUAGUGAGUCAAGUCUAAAGUGUAAAACAGAUAUAAAUGGGGGACAUGUGUAUAAAUAUUUAUAACAAUGUAAUGCCCAGUGCUGACUUCAGAAGAACAAAUUGCAUUAAAAACACAACGGAUAUUAAGUACUCCUUUUCCUGUUGAGUUCUGUGUUGUCUAUCUGUAGUUUCUUGAUCACCUUUAUAAUUCUAGUCACCAACUAAAAUCCUGUCCACCAGCAUAUUUUUUUCUAGAAAAAAAGGUGUCAGAAUAGUCAAGCUGCAAGCCUACCAGUAGCCCCUCCCAGUCUGAGAACCAAUGUUUCAGAUCAUAGGCCACAUCAUUGCCCUUCUCUCUAGCAAUCUGUUUAUGGAAAUUUAGCAAACUUGAGAGUCUUCUAACAUAACCAUGAAGACUCUAUGCCUAUAUAUGGAGAAGAUAAUGCUUUCUGUCAGCGAAGCAGGUAGCACUGGAUACCAGCCUUUAUCUUCAUAUUAAAUAGUGUGUAACAGUGUGAAUUACAGCUUCUUGCUGACCUUUAGCUCAAAAUUAACUUAAACAGGAUGGGUUUGUCCCUAUGAUUGAGGCACCAUUACCAUGCCUCUGAGGCCUGUUCUGAAUUACAGCCCUAUUAUACAUGUGGCCACUGCAUCAGUAUAGGAUAUUAGGCCAUUCAAGCACAACAUUAGAUAUGUUGAAGUUCAAAAUGGCAAGUCCUCGCAUCCUAAACUAUUAAUUGAAACUACACUCACUUGGAAUCAAGAGGGCAUCUUCUAGAUGCAAGUGCUUAGUCCUGCAUUGCAAAUUAGGGACUUGGAACAAACACAAACAUCUUAAAAUUGCCAAUUUUUCAAAACAAAGAUAUACAUAAGAUGCUGACCGGCAUUCUUGGACUGAAUAUCUGUUUACUUGAAGUUCUUGGUGAUUUGAGCUAUGUGCUAUUUUUCCAUCAGAUAUACAUUAUGUGUAAUUAAAUUGGCCACUGCACCAUCAAGUUUAACGGUUCUGAUAAAUGGCAUGAUAUUGUAGGUGCAACUUGGUAUAAGUGCAUAUGUUUCAUUGUUACCCAUGGCAUUGAACAAAUGGGAAUUCCAGUCCAGCUUUUCUGUGUGCUUCAGACUAGUGGCAAUUCCACCCCCUACCAAGAAAAUGAUUGAAAGGGAGUUCCUUUUCAUCUGGAUUUCGAUCAAAUUGUGCCUCUAAGCUGGCCAAACAGAAGAAGAUUCCUUGGGUCCUUAGAUAUGUCUUGCUCUGAGGAAACUGGAACUCUUCUAUCUUCAAUAGAUGAAUUGAAUUAAGAAGAUCUCCAAGUUUGACUGGAGAAAUUUUGAAAGAGUUCCACCAGCUCAGAAUGCAAAGAUGAACUAUUCAGAAAAAUACAGGCAUUACCUUGCUGUAGGACAAAGCUUUCUCCCAAAAGCACAACUCAUAGAUGAAGGUCCCUAAAACCUUUGGCCCACAAACUUUUGCAGGGCUACCUUUUCCAUGCUUCCAAGCAGGAAUUAAUGGACUCCAGGAAGAAUCUACUGGCUCCAUUUGGUUUGAAUUCAGAACAAAUAUUUCCUCACUUAAAAUAUUAAGGUAUGAGACACUGCAUAUAUCUUUUUUAUGAUUAAAGUUGCAUCCAACUUCAUAUCUUAAAUAAAAUGAGUUCUAAACCAAUGUCUGCUUCAUUGGUUCUUUGCAAAAAAAAAAAAAAAAUUCCAGUGGCACUACUAUUGACAGAGUAAGGGAUGCAGGUGGUGCUGUGGGUUAAACCACAGAGCCUAGGACUUGCCGAUCAGAAGGUCGGCAGUUUGAAUCCCCGUGACGGGGUGAUCUCCCGGUGCUCGAUCCCUGCUCCUGCCAACCUAGCAGUUCGAAAGCACGUCAAAGUGCAAGAUAAAUAGGUACCGCUCCGGCGGGAAGGUAAAUGGCGCUUCCGUGCGCUGCUCUGGUUUCGCCAGAAUUGGCUUAGUCGUGCUGACCACAUGACCCGGAAGCUGUACACCGACUCCCUCGGCCAAUAAAGCAAGAUGAGCGUCGCAACCCCAGAGUCGGCCAUGACUGGACCUAAUGGUCAGGGGUCCCUUUACCUUUACUCAUGACAAAAAAGUUUGCUCAUGACUUUGUGACAAGUUGGUUGGUCCCAUAAAAGAUAAUACUUUUUUGUUGUUUUGUGGAAUCCCUCCAACACAUAAAAUGCACAAACAGAGCUAGCUAUUUUUGUCUAAUUUUCUGUGAAAGUGUACCUUGAUCUGUCGACCUCCUUUCAUGUUGUUUCUUUAAAGGCAAGACAUAUUUUUAAACAAACAAACGACUUUUUAAGAAGUUUUCACUCAUGAUGCAUUAGAAGCUUGUAUCAUUGUGCUUCAGUUAGUUGGGCAUGAGGGAAGGAAGGUGGAGAAUAGUGUGCCCAGGAAAUUAGGAUAGCACACAGUACCCAGAGUGCAGCUGGACGUCAUAUCAAGUGAGGACUCUCAUGUUUGCGCACAAUGUCUGGCUUUGAAUACAUCUCUAACUGUAGAUCUUACGAACGUGCCUUACCUGAAGUUAAUCCAUCUAAAUUGUCACAUUUUGAAAUGUUUUAAGGUGCAAAAUAAAAAUGCUCCGCAUUCAGAAAAUUAUCACAGUGGGGUGUGGAUUGAGAUAGAACCUUUCUUCCUGCUGUGUUAACAUUUUUUUUAUUCCUCUCCCAAGUAAACACAGAAAAUUUAUCUCGCAUGUGAAGUCUGAAGCAGUGCAGUCCAUUCUCCCACCUCAGUCUGUUGAUUGUGUAGACCAGCCCUGAGUUGCAAUCAAAUAUAUGCAUUACUGUGUUAAUCAGAGGAUGUGCUGUCACAAUGACUACAGUUCUUGAAGAAAGCUGAUUAAGCGAUGAAUCUCACCAGGUAGCUUUGGACAAGUUGCUGUAAUGAGGUCAUUGUAAGAUGAAUGUGAGCUGUGUAGAUAAAUGCAAAUGUUCAGCACAUAAAGAUAAGUUCGGAAAUGAUGUUAUCCAUGAUUCAUGGGUGGGGAGGGAGCUGCUGGGAG